GCUUGGGAUUGUCAUCACAACAGGAAGUAGCCCAGCCAGGGCGAUAGCGUUUGAAGUGUGAGAACAGAGCAGGAAAAUAUGAACGUACAGUAAAUCAGAGGGACGGUUUCCCCUCACUAACAACCAACACAGGCAGACAGCGCCCAUGGACGGCUCUCAGGGAAUACACACCACCAUCACCAGCACGUAGACAGCGCCUUGAGAGGCUUGUUUCCCGCGGUUCAUCACGGUGAAUCGCUCACCUAUGAUGGAACGGGCGAUGGAGCAGCUCAACGUACAGCUAAACCGGCUGACCCGCUCCCUCCGCCGGGCCAGGACCGUGGAGCUCCCGGAAGGUGAGAAGCUCCGGGACGGGGGAAGUGUUAGCCUCAGGCGGUGGAAGUAUUAGCAAACAGUGUUAAAACGUUAAUAAUUGAGUUAUAUAGAUGUGUUAUAGCAGCAAUCUGGCCUCUGGCCUCUACAUACACUGAUAAAAAUACACUGUCAGAGGUGACAGUUGUGUGUGCUACAUUGAUAUAAAGGCACUGUAUUAUCUACUAUGACUGACUGACAAACAGCAUCAGGCUGAGGGUCGGGGUUUGGUUGUAUUGUCUGUCUGACUCAUUCAAGCAAAUGUGAGGGAAAUAGACAUCCAGAUUUCCCUUACAACCAUUAAAGGGCAUUCAGACAACUCUUGCCAGAUGCAUUUGCACAGGAAAUACUGUGACUUUAGGGCUGAGGGUCAGGGUUUGGUUUUAUUGUCAGUCUGACUCAUCCAAACAAAUGUAAGGGAAACAUCAAAUAGUUCUCAGAAGUGUAUGGCUUUUUCUAGAUUUGAAUUUUAAAAUGGGGAACUGUCUCACAGUAAAGAUUUAUAGAAUUAUUUGCCUCUAUUUGAUUUAUUUGACUUUAUGAGCACAGUACAGGGACAGCUAAAAGUAGAGGAAACUCAACCUCAACCAAAAGGGUGAUGCCACAUGAGUUGCAAAUAGCACUGAAAUAUUCCUUCAGGAUCAGCGCUCUGUUUAACCCAGAGGACCAGUUUCUUGACUUUGAAAAGUGAAAUGUUGUCUCAUUCUAUCCUAAUAUAGGAUUUCAGCUGCUCAACAGUUCAGGGUCUCCUUUGUUUUAUGUGUCAUCCCACUGAGCAAUAGAAGGCUAUUAGACCUCUAGUUAUUUCUUAGACCCAAUUUCAACCGUCUAGAUUUUGUAUAUGUGUGGACAGAAUUUAGAGUAGGCCUGGGUGAUUUGGCAAAAAAAAAGGUCACGAUAUAUCUUUUCAUAUCUUCCGAUCUCGAUUAUUAUCACGAUUUGUUUUUAAAUUGCUAGUUUUAAAGCAUCUGUACUAAAAACUGAAGAGACUAGAGAUUAGUUCAACAUUUUAUUAAACAGAUCUGUCGUGUUGCUGGUUUUUGAGGGCACUGACCGCCGACAUACCUUACACAUUGGCGUAAUUUCUUGACGUCACUUUGGAGAUACCCGUUAAAUAGUUUUCGUUCUCAACACUAACAUCUUCGGAGGAUGACUCAAAGUCAUGAUUGACAUCUAUUUUGCUGUCCUCAGCUCCGCGUUUAGCUUCCUGUUUGGUCAUUCUGUGAGCAGAAUCGACUAUUGGCUGUCGACUGAUUGGCUGUUGUGACGCACAUUUCCGCCAUGUUUGAUCAUGUAAAUGUGCUCACAGCUGAUCACUGUGAUCGAACUGAAAUUUAUCACGAUUAUCGAUGAUGAUCCUAUAAUCGCCCAGUCCUAAUUUAGGCGUUGCACUUUAGUAUUUAUUUCAAAAAGCAACUGUGAGUUGCAUAACUGAUCUCCAAGUACUGAACCAAAAUAAUUAUGAUUGCCAUUGAGCAAUAUACUGGUAGACCUCUGUUAGCUGGCAAGUCUACACUCGGUCUAAAUUUAGACGUCUGAAAACUUUCAUUUUUAGACCUGUGGUAGCCUGAUUUUAGACCAGUCGUCUAGACUACAUUUAGACCUCUACUAAACGUCUUUUAGACCAAAAAAUGCCCAGUAGGAUGAGUCAUGACCGAAUGUUUUCCAUGGGUUUCGACUGCAGGCCAUUAAAGCAGCAGGACCCUUCUACUAUAGAGCCAUGCUGUUGUAAUAAAUGCAGAAUGUUGUCUGUCAUUGUCUUGCCAAAAUAUACAAGAUUUUCCCUGAGGAGGGCAUUGUCUGAAUGUUCCUCUAAAACCUUUAUCUGGUUUUAAACAGUAAUGGAGCCUUCAUAGAUGUGUGUGCUAUUCAUGGACACUUAUGAUCCUCAUACCAUCAGGGAAGCUGGUAAUAAACCAGGCGGUCCCCCUUCUCUUGAGGUGGGAAGAUACAGCCUCUCAGGUUUCCAAAAAGAAUAAAACUUUGAUUAGUCAGACAACAGGACAGUUUUCCACUUCAGUCUAACAUAAGCAGAAAAAAAUGCCUCAUGAAUCCUCCAAACUGGCCUGGUAGUACUGUGAGUCCAACAGCAGUAACACUUAUUUGAGCUGUUCAUUUCAAUGUUAACUCUUUAAAGUCUGCAAUUUGACAUGUAGGUGUCAGUAAACCUUUUGUUGUGUCAUCAGUUAGGACACUAUCUUUACAUUGUUUGAGACAUAUUGUAUGUUAUUUUAAAGCUUCAAUUGUGUCUUAAUUCUUUGUCUUUCUGUGUUUGUUUCUCUUCAGAUAAUGAGACUGCAGUGUACACUCUGAUGCCAAUGGUCAUGGCAGACCAGCACAGGUGAGUUUGAACAGGACUGUACGACAGGAGGGGUUGUGUGAUUGAAGGAGGACUUGAAUUUCAGUGUUGAUGUUCAAUGAUAAUCUGUUUACUGCAUCGGUGAAACUUCUAAAUGUUUUUAGUUGGUUACUCCUGCUGAAGUUUUUGUCUGCAGGACAAACUGUUAAUCUGUCUCGGUCCUUUCCCUGUCCAAGGUCGGUGUCGGAGCUGCUGCUCAACUCAAAGUUUGAUGUGAACUAUGCCUUUGGACGGGUGAAGAGAAGUCUGCUGCACAUCGCUGCUAAGUAGGAAGCGUGUCACUCUGUGAUUAUUUAUCUGAGCUCUGUGAUAGAAAUGGUCAGCUAUAGCCCAGAACCAUUAUUUAUGCAGACUGGGAUGUCAUUGUUGGUUUUCAAAUGCCUCAUAAUUUUAUAUGUUUAUUUGAUGAUCACUACACACAGUUUUUUAUGGGGUGAUUUUUUACACAUGCACUCAGCUAUGUUCUCUGUUUUCUAUGCUUAGCUGUGGAUCGGUGGAGUGUCUUGUUCUGCUGCUUAAGAGAGGAGCUAACCCAAACUAUCAGGAUAUCUCAGGCUGCACCCCUCUGCACCUGGCUGCUAGGAAUGGGUACGAGCCUCGCACCGCAUCUGAUCACAUGUUCGUGAUGAGUUGACUUUGUGUUUUGACAACACCGUCAAGUCAGUGACAACACUGAGUUCCUGUUCCAACACCCUCAUUCUCUGGUGUUUUUGAGCCAUAAGCUGUUGCUUUAUUGCAACAAAAUAUGUUUGCUGACUUAAAUGAUUUUAAGGGAUAUUUGGGUCGAGCAAACAUUGUUGAUUUUAGCAUGUCCUUCCAUACAAAAACGACCACAAAGGCGGAUUUAUGCAAUACUCUGAAAACUGCAAUUUCAGCUCUCAGAAAUCAAAAAUCCACAAUCUCAAAACAUCCGAACAUUGUGGAGAAGUCCAGUUCCUUGUCGGUUCUUUUGGUCCUGAAAAGAGCUUUAUUCAGCUCAUGAAAUCUGAACACCUGCAAAGGUUUACAGAGUCUUUACUUCUCACUGGUUCAGUACACACAAACGUCAUCAUGGAGGAGACUACUGAUCUGACAGUUGUUCAGAAGACAGUUUGAGCACUUCAUGCUUCUAUCGCUGAGAAGUUUCAUGGAGAUACAGAUUUCCUUUUCCAGCAGGACCUGACACCUGCCCACAGCACCAAAACUACCAGAAACUGAUUUUCUGAUUAUCGUAGUACUGUGUUUGAUUGACCAGUUAACCAUCCUGACCUGAACCGUAGAAGAUCUCUGGGAUAUUGUCAAAAUAAGGUGAGAGACACCAAAGCAACAACACAGAUGAGCUGAAGAAGCUAUCAAAGAAAACUGGACUUCAGUAAGACCCCGGCAGAGACACAGACUGACUGUCACCGUGUCACAUCACAUUGAUGCAAUAAAUCGUUCAAAAGGAGUCUCGACUGAGCAAAAAUGAACAUUAUUUUCCAGAAAGUCAACACAUCUGUGUUUGGAUUUGUGUUUUGUAAGACUCUGAUAUUUUGAAAGCGUGGAUUUUUGAUUUUCUUGAGCUGUGAACCAUAAACAUCAAGGUCCAAACAAAUUAAGUCUUAAAAUAUUUUACCUUGUGUUUGGUUAUUCUAGAAUAUAUGGAAGUUUCACUCGUUGAAUGAAAUCAUUGGAGAAAAUGUCACUUUUCUCAGGACAUCGUUAAUUUUUGAGCUUUACUUGUAUUAUCUGAAUAAGACAAAUCAUCACUCUGAUGAUGAUGAUGAUGAUGAUGAUCAGUAAUGAUAUACUUCAUUCCCUGAUAUGUACAAACUGUGCUCUGUUUCCUUAGACAAAAGAAGUGCAUGGGCAGACUGCUGGAAUAUAACGCUGACGUCAACAUCUGCAACAACGAGGGUCUGACCGCUGUGAGUCUGCUGAAAUCCUGCUGCUGGAUUAAAUGUCUUUAUAUCAAACAAUCAAUUAAUUAUAGAUUUAUCUGAUCUCUCUUAACAAAUGAGUGUAAAAUGAUCUGAUCAGUGUGAAUGAAUUGUUCCAGAUGUAUCUGAUGUUUUUCUUUCCCUGUGAUGCUGCAGAUCCACUGGCUGGCAGUGAACGGGCGCACUGAGCUUCUUCAUGACCUGGUCCAGCAUGUGACCAAUGUGGACGUGGAGGACGCCAUGGGGCAGACGGCUCUACAUGUGGCCUGUCAGAAUGGACACAAAACGGUGAGCCGAAGUCAUGAUAAAAAGAAAUUAACUUUGCAGGAAUAUUCAGAAAUAGUUGGGAAUAUUUCAAUAAACACAAGAGAUUAAAAUAAAAACCACGCAUUGUAACUAAAAUACUGAUGUAAACAUAGACAAAACGACUCAAUUACAGUCAGGAUAAGAGUUUAUGCUGAUAUAAUAACAGCAUGCAUUUGAAGUAAUUUGAUUUGGGGCUCUGCUGUGUGUGUUCAUGAGCAGCAACAGUGCAGAGCUCCCUGUUGUUUAAUGUUAUUGCCAUCUGUGUGAUUCUUUUAGUCCAGUGUGUCUGUCAAAUAUCUUCCAGUAUGUGAUAUAAAUAAGUUUUGUUUCUGCUCAGACCGUGUUGUGUUUGCUGGACAGUGGAGCUGACAUCAACCGACCAAACGUUUCUGGAGCCACGCCCCUUUACUUCGCCUGCAGGUGAAUUCAUCAUGAGAGAGUCACUGUGAUGUUUGAGUUUGAUAUCAUUUGUUUACACUUUCUUUACAGAGACAUUUUAGGUCCACAAUAUAAAUUCACAUUGAAGCUGUUUAAUUGCUGGAAACGUCUGUAAACUAAAGUAACUCCAGAGUCAGACAUUUGCUCACACUUACCAACCAACAGAGUGAGACAAACUAAAAUGUUACUGUUUCUGUCUAGAGAGACUUUUAAAGGGUGUUUUUUAAUAAACUUCUAGAGAGUUUAAAAAAGCUGUUUGUAAUUAAAAAAACAUUAUCCAUCCUAAACUAAAAGCUCUCUUUCUGUAGGGACCUUUUCUGGGAUGCUGCCAGACUUAUAGAAUAACAACCUUAGCCUGUAAGGGACAAAAACAAGAACUUUAGCUGACACACUUUGAUACAUCAGGAUUAUGUUGCAGUCUUUUGAAAUGCUGCAGACUCAAGUUGUGUGCUGCAUUAAAAGUUACUAAUGCACAUCAGAAUCUAUGAGAAUAACCCAGUAUAUAGGAAAGGUACUACUUUAAGAUACCAGUAGAAUGUUUUGCAGUGAAAUAUUCUAUCCCUCGGUUUCUCUGCAGCCAUGGUCAGAGAGACACCGCUCAGAUUCUGCUCUCUCGAGGAGCCAAAUACCUCGCUGACAAGAAUGGGAUCACUCCUCUGGAUCUCUGUGUGCAGGUAAGCAUCUGAUCUCCUCACCAGCCAAGUUUGGAGGAUGUUUUUAAGCUUGUGAGGUCACUUAAUGUGCUGUUGUGUGUGCGUGUGUUUAGGGUGGGUAUGGCGAGACCUGUGAGAUCCUCAUCCAGCAUCAUGGCAGACUGUUUCAGAUGCUCAUCCAGAUGACCCAGAAUGAUGAUAUCAAGGAGAACAUGGUAAGACGGAGCUCUGAAACAGCUUUAAAGGUGCAUUUACACUGCUUCAGGGCCUCUCCUGUGUUAAAAGUUAGAGGAAUACAUUUCUCAAAAUCUAGACUGAAGUCCACUUAAAUUCAUAAAUCUAACAGAGAAAAUUGUAGAUGGAUUUUAUAACGAGUUAUUUGAUUAAUUUUGUACUGACCUCAAAAUUACUCAGCUAAAAUGUUCCACUUACCUUUUUGUGCGUGACUGAUUGCAAAAUAAAAACUCCAAAGACAAUGAAGUUUAGUUUAGGGGUUGCCUGUUUUAUAUCAAAUUGUAGUAGCUGCUGUAGUGUGAGAUAAAAACAGAAACAACAGAUGGAUUAUAACAGAGUUACACAAAAAUAAAAAAAACAUUUGAGACUUAUUUGAAGCCUUAAAACCCCCUUUCAUAGUAAAAUUCAGCUCAAGUCUUUAGAUAUCAAUAAUUUUCUCAAUUUGCUGUCAUAGUGAUCAGACUCAGAGGCCUGGUGGGUACUAUGAAUAUAAAUGAGAGUGUGUGUGUGUGUGUGUGUGUGUGUGUGUGUGUGUGUGUGUGUGUGUGUGUGUGUGUGUGUGUUUGUGUUUGUGUGUGUGUGUAGCUCAGGCAGGUUCUGGAGCAUGUGUCCCAGCAGAGUGACACUCACUAUCAGAGGAUCUUAACCAGCCUCGCUGAGGUUGCUACGACAAACGGACACAAGCUGCUCAGGUAGGAUUUCAUAUACCUGCUUCUUUGUCUUUUUCAUGUUUCUUAAAACAAAAGUCAGUUUGUUAAAUACCAACUUUUCUAAUCAGACGCUAUUAAUCAAUCAAUCAAUCAAUCAAUCAAUCAAUCAAUCAAUCAAUCAGACUUAUUUGUAUAGCACUUUUUACACAGUUAGAUGUAAAAGUGCUUUACACUAACAGAACAUGAUUAAAAACCUCAAAGGAAAUCAGAGUAAAGACAAGUUAAAAUUGGAAAUAUAAUAACAGUGAUUACAAAAAGAAAGCCAGGAUAAAAAAGGUCAAACUGAGUAGUCUCUGCAACAGUGUAAUGCUUUUUUACUCUAAAUGCAUCUUUUGGGAAUCUUUGUUGGAUGAUGUUGAAAUUUGCUUGAGUGUCUCUAUUUACACUUCUGUCCUUCCUCAGCUUGUCCAGCAGUUAUGAAGCUCAGAUGAAAAGUCUGCUGAGAAUUAUUCGUAUUUUCUGUCACGUGUUUCGUCUGGGUCCUUCUUCCCCAAACAAUGGCAAUGACAUGGGAUACAAUGGCAACAAGACACCCCGCAGCCAGGUCUUUAAGGUCAGUGGAAAGAUUACAUUUACCGAAAAUAAGACCUGAGGGUCGGAAAAAUGCAACUGAAUACAUGCAAACAGAUCCUUUAAUUUGGUUUAUAUUUAACCAGGUAAUAACCAGAUGAGUUCCAGGUCUCAUUUUCAAGAUGACCUGACCAAGAGGUCAACAGCACACAUCUGAAUGAAUAUAACAUGAUCAAGAAAGAGAUUAAAGACAAGCGAAAAAGCAUACAAUAACUUCAUAGGUACAAACUACUAUUAUUAUUGUCACAUGUCUGUCAUUUCAGUCAGAGUGACAGGCUGGAUGAGAAAAAAUGAUUUACUCAAUAAUUUAAAGGGAAUCCACAAAAGAUAAAACCAAUAAAGAAGAACUUUGCACAUAAAUAGCUGUCAAACAAAUGACUAUUAUCAUUUCAAAGGGAAAAAAAAGAUGAAGUUAUAAAAACAUUACUGAUAUAAUUGGACUGCACUAAAAUGCAUGUUGCCCUGACACACUAAUGUCUCUUGAAACUUCUUGUACUGUCCUGCCACUCUGUGCCUGUGCUUGUUCACAUACUUGGGUGACAUUUUGCCACAUGAAACCACAAAUUGCCCAUAAUCUGUAAGUGUAUUAAACAGCUGAGUGUGCAUUUUUAAAAACCUUCUUCACAUUGCAUAGCGGUAACAAUACUAUAGAGAACAAAAUGCAGCUGAUUGUGCUGGCAUCAGCAUAACAAUGUUUUUAUUAUAAGAUAUAUUAUUGACGCUGUUAUUAUGGCUUAUUUUAUAUUUGAGAUUUUCCAUUUUUCCUAUUGCUUAGUCACUGGUGACCAAAUUGUCCAGCCCCAUCAGCUGGAGUGUCUGGCUGUGAUAAGAUACUUCAACUUAAUGUUAACAACAACAUUAUUGCAUACCAAAAUAAAAGUAAUGAUCCAUGGACACCAUCCAGUUAAAAGAAAUGGUGUGUGAUCUUUGCGCCAUUAAAAAAAAAAACUACACUUACCCUUUAGUUGAUAAGUUGGAGCGUUUGUUUUAUAGUGGUCCCUUAAUAAAAAUGGAUGUAAUGUUACUGUGGACCUGCUCACUAACAAAGCAUGAAAACAUCUAGCUAUAACGUCACGUUAUGAUAUGCGUAUAGCAUAAAGUACCAACAAUUGAAUCUUUAAAACAUCUUUUUUCAUGAUGAGAUUUCUUUGAUGGCAUCUGUUGGCAGUCUCUUAACACUAAUUCAGUGGAAAAACAUAUUAAUGUGACACAUCAGGGCAGGUAUAAUUGGGCUAAUGCUGCUCGGCUGCUGUCUUAAGGCUAAAACAUACAGAGUCUGUAUUUAGCGCGUUCCGUCAGCGUCCCGUACCACUCAGCAAAUAGGUUGUUGUUCUAAUCAAUGCAGCAUCGCAUACAGGACGCAUAUCAGCUCCUUCGUAGCUCCGUAUCGAGUGCGGCUCUGCUCUGAUAAAGACACGUGCCGAGUCUAUUUUUGCUGCUCUAUUCUUCCAAUACAAGUCAAUCUACACAGAGAAGAUCGUUCUGGACAGGAUGUCAAGCACAAAAACCGCACGUCAUCCGGUACAUUUCAAAAUAAAACGCCAUAUGUGGACUCCCAACUGUGUAUCAGUUCAUGCAGAUGAGAAAUACUUCCUGGUUAUGGAUUAAUCAAUAACACAGAACAAUCCGAUGGUCAAUCCUUGAUCCAUGUGGACCCUAACAGGACUUUGAACUGCUAACUCUGUCUGAAGGUAACAGCACAGCAUAAAGGAACAUAGUUUACUUUAUUAAACAGGAGUAAAACCUGCAAAAACCAAAAGUGUAAAAUGACACAGCUUUUUCACAUAUAGUAGAGGCUCAACAGUGACUGAAUUAUAUCCAAAUUAGCAAGAAAUAGAUCAUAGAAAGCAAAACCAACCUGUUGUGAGCAUGUUGUUUCCUCUUUACUGAGCACGGCUGACCGGGGCUGCACUACACUGCUGCCACGCUCCAAAUACAGACUGCACUGUUCGACGCUGACGGAAUACGCUCAAUAAAGUGCCGUUUAAACUCACAGCACAGGUGUGUCCCAUUCCUCCAGUCAAAGGUUGGAGGAUGAUUGUGCAUGCAAAGCGCCCAAGCUGCAGGUGUGGUUGUGUGUUUGAAAUUUAACAUCCCUGUCUGCUCACUUAAUCUUUGCCUUUCUCAGGUGUGCAGAAACUGAAUAUUUAAAGAUAUUCAAAUAAAAAAGUAAAUGUUUUACUCUGGGAUAUGUCACAAGAAAAAUAUGCACAUACUUGUGUGUAUAUCAACAUGUAUGUAUGAUCCUCUGCAGGAAGGUAAUAAGUAAUGGUUCCAUUGGUUGCAGAUGUGUGUGUCUCAGAAGGAGGUAAAGACGGUCCAAAAAGACGAUUGUCCCUGGACAGGCUCUGCUGUCCUAGAUGUGAGCUCAUCACCAUUUUUAUCAUACGCAGUAAAUCUUGAACUUCUGGGUGUCGAGUACAGACGGGUGACGAGUGAAGGGAAGAGUUGAAACUUAGACAUUGCAGUGAGGAGAUCUGGAGGCUCUGCUCGGAUCUCAGUUCAGUGAAACAACUUUGGGACAUUUCAGAAAAAUGGGGAAUGCAGUUUGUCCCCUCAGACGAGUCCAUAAAUACGGAGAGUCAGUGCCUGAGAUCAUUGACGUAGUUCAUGUCAGUUUCACCUUUUGAUUUGUCACCCGUCUGCACACGGACAUGCUGAUAUUUGGGAAAUAUGAUCUCUGAAGUCUUUCUGCAAUCUCAUGAUCAGUUGCCCUGCUCCCUGUAAGUUAAAAUCUUCAAAUCUACAACAGCAUGCAGAGCUUCAAAGUUUUGGGCUGACUCUCAUGAUUGUUUUAAUUCAUUUGUAUUCCGAUGAUUCUUUUUUCUUUCACUUUAAUCAGGAUGUUUUUAAUGAAAGUCCGUCUUCUGCCAAACAAACACAAACACUACAUGAGAGAUGUUUUAUCUGAAAUACCUGCUUUAAAAACUGAUUACUUCUUUAGCUUGGUCUUUAGCGAGUCACUCAGUACUUUCUUGCUCUUGAAAAAGUGCAUGAGAGUUAUAUUGAGAGACAAGCUUGAGACACAAUGGCUGUUUUCUUUGGCCCAUCUCACACAAAUAGAAACAAGCAGCAGGGCUCUCCCUUGAGGGAAUAUCAGGGUUUCUUUUGCUGAUGAAGCGGUAUUUGGUUUGUAAUUGGGACGGAGGAAGAUGAGGCAAAAUGUUACUUCAGAGACUUUACUAAUAAACACAAUUAACUUAAAAUCACCAUCCUAUUCUAAUGACUCAUCCACACCACCAGCCCUGUGACUGGUUGUUUUUCAUGCGUUUGUUGUGAAGGUUAUUGUAUGUAACAGAAUUAAAUGAUAGCAGUCACAGAGCAGGUAGAAAUUGUACAUUUUCAGCUGAUUUGUAACCUGUAGCAUCAAGAGCUCUAACAGUGUUUUUGGAUUUUCAAUAAAUCUUUGAAUAUCAGUUUUCAAAAGUCUUGAAUUUGAAUCAAAAUUGUAAAAUACGUACAAUCCAGUCAGGAAUAAAACAACAUUAUAACAUAUAGAAUAGGGCUGGGUGAUAAACUGAAAAUUUACCGAUAAUGAAAUUACGAAAAUAACUAACAUCAUUUUCCCCAUAUCCGUGUAUUCGGUGUCAAAAAAAAAAAAAAUAGAUAAAAGUUGGUUUUGGAUGUAUAUAGGUAGGUUAUGGUCUCAUGUCCCUUUACAACGCUGUCGUACGUCAGUCCGUAACAAAUAGGGAAAGACAGGUGAGGAGAUGGAGGAUGGUUCAAAAGGGGUGAGCAGCUUGUGGAGUAGUUAUCAUUCAUUUAUCGUUAUCAAGAUGAACUGCUCAAUAUAUCCUGAUAUUGAUUUGAGGCCAUAUUACCCAGCCCUAAUGUAGAAUUAUGAUACUCACAUUACAAUAACAUAUGAUAUGACAUAGUAUAAUGCAGUCUUAUAAGAUAUGAUAUGAUUUACAGUGUAACUGUAAAAAAGUGACAAUAUGCAUCUCAGAUUUCUUCAGUCUGUUGUAAUCUUGGUGAUCCAUCCAAGCUGAAUCUUUGUCCUCUUCUAUCUCUCUUUCUUUGUUUUGGAUUUGAUCCCUCUUUCACUCCCUCUCUGUCUAUCUGUCUGUCUGCAGCCUCUGGAGCUGCUGUGGCACUCCCUGGACGAGUGGCUGGUGCUCAUUUCCACAGAGCUGGACAGGAGCAGGAAGAACCCGUCCUCUUCCUCUUCCAGCAGCGAGAUCGCCUCUCUGCUCCUCAAACAGCGAGAGGUCGACCCCUCCGUUUCCACGCCAAAGCUCCCCUCCUCCCUGCUGGACCCGCAGAUCGUCAUGGAAACAGAGGUGUACCCAGACGGGGAGGAUGUUAUCUCUAUGACGGCCAAUCGACUCAGUGCGGUGAUCCAGGCCUUCUACAUGUGCUGCUCCUGUCAGAUGCCACAAGGGUCAGAUUUCAUACUUUCAGAUUAAUUAUUGAACAAAGAGAACUUCAAGUGUCGGCUGCUGUGUUGUCAACGCCGUAGGGGCUGCUUUUUAUAUGGCAGACUCUUUGCCAGAGGCUAGACAGAGGCCAUCGCUGAUAAAAUCACUGUUUGAGAUCACUCUUUACCUUUGGAGCAGCUUUUAGGUCAAGAGUUGAAUUUUCAACAUCCCUGGCUGAGCCUUCUUUAUAGAAAUCCGUACCUUCACUUAUUUCCAUUUUCCAAACUAAAUGUAUCAGAAGCUGCUAGGGAUGGGUGAUAAAUUAUUGUUCACAAUAAAUCAUCAGAAAAAUCCUCUAUGAUAUAAUUUGCUAUCUCAUGAUAAACACGAUAGAUGCAAGUUGAUGAUGUGAUAACAAACAAACAUGGCUGAAGGUAAUGAAGAAGACGAUUCUGAGCGGCUCGUUACUGAACGAAGAUCCACAUCAAGGUUCCUAUGCAAGUAUGGAAAGUAUGGAAAUAAAUUUGAACAAUUUUUUAGGUGUUAAAAAGUAUUGAAAACGAAAAAUUAUGUAUGGAAAAAUAUGACACUAACCUGCUAAUGGGACUGGGGAUGGAAAUUAGCUGCUUGGCUAUAAUCCUUUUACAUGUAAAUGUUAAUUAAUGCAUAUUGUCCCAUUAAAAAAAAAAAAAUCCUAAAUUACCUUCAGUUGGAGCUCUCUGAACAUUUACCAGAAUCUGAUUAAACUCCCUUCAAAGCUAAAACCUUUUGAUUUACAUGUGUUGGUAGAGACUGACUAAUGAGGGUUGACAUGUGUGUUGUAAAUGAGUUGUGCAUUCAGAAAAACAAAGUGAAACAUUAUAGAAUAAUUGUCUAAAGCUGUGAACUUUUUGAAUGACUUUGACUUUAAAGAUUUUUAAGGUUCAAGAGUUAUCAGAUGUGUAAGAAACAGUUUCAAAAACCAAAUCAAGUCAACAAGAAAAAGACAAAGAAACGCUCAGCUCAACAGAACUGUAUUAAUGUUCUUCAGUUUUUUACAGUUUUCAGAUGUACAAAGAGGUGAGGGAAUAAGGGAAGGAAAGGUGGGUAAGGGUUGAAGGGGUUAGGGUUGGACGAUGGAUGGAACAGGGAGGUUUAGGUUAGGAAGGAGUUAGAAGGAAAGAUGGGAAGGGAGUUAGGAAAGGGGGUUUGGAGAGAGGUUAAGGUUAGGCAGGGGAUUAGGAAGGUGGGUAGGGGGGUUAGUUGACAGCUUUUUAAUUCACUGUCCUCUUUUCUUCCUCUUCUUUUUCAUUGAGGUCUCCUUGGUCUCUUUUUCAAUGAGUUCCUCUAUUUCUUCAAGCCUGGUCUUCUCAUGUUCGCUCUCCUUGUUCUUUGUCUUCCCCUCAUUUGACUGUUUGUCGGUCUCAGUUCUCUUGUCCUUAUUGACUAUCUUCUCCUCCUCUUCUUUUUUCAUCUCCUCCUCCUCCUCCUUUUGCUGUCUCCUCCCCUCCUGUGUUGAAUUUUGGAGGAGCUAAAAAAGAAACUGUGUGUUAGUUGAUUCAGCAGAAACCUUUAAUUAUUCCCUAGAGAAUCAAUGAAGUGAUUAUUUUGAUACUGAGCUCUGAAGUACCUGCAGAUUGUCGGUCUGGUCAUGGAGACACUUCUGCAGAUUGUUAUAUUUUGUCCUCCAGUUGUCCUCAUUCCUCUGAAGCUGCAGGUCUUUUUUGGUGAGAAGGUCCAGGGUGGCAAUGUAAGCUCUGGUGCGCUCACGUCUUUUUUUUACAGCCCUACACUGGACCUCUCCCAUAACCUUCAGUUCUUCUUCCAGCCUGCAGACUUCAGAGUUUUUGUGGGCCAGUUGGUCUUCAUAGGCCUUGGCCGAGGUCUGCUCUUUUUCAGCAGCCUUUUGCACCAGCUCAUCUCUGAGCCUCAGCUCCUCUUUAAUUUGGCUCAACUCUGAUUCUUUUUGAGCCAGGAGGUCAAUCGUGUCUUGAUGGGCCCGUUUUGUAUCCUGCUCCCUUAUCUGGGCUUUUCUCAGCAGGUCGUCUUUUCGGUGCAGCUCCUCAUGGAGUUUUUGAACCUCUGUUUCUUUUUGAGCAAGUUGCUCAACAUGGGCCUCAAUCAUGUCCUCCUCCUUUUUAGCAGCAGUUUCAAGGAGGUCAGCCUUCAUUUUAAGCUGUUCUUGUAGUUCAGCUAUUUUGUCUUCUUUUUGGGCCAGCAGGUCCAGUGAACUCUCAUAGUUAUUUGCUCGGUCCUGCUCCUUUUUUGUCAGUGCGAUGAGGAGGUCAUCUUUUUUCUGCAGCUCCUCUUGCAGGAUUCUGUUUUGCUCCUUCAGAGUCUUGAGCUCAGCGAUGGUAGAGCAGAGUGUUUCUCUCAGACUCUGGGCAAUCUGAGCAUCGCUGAGCUGGAGCUUGGGUCUCUGCAGCUGAACAGUAUUUGGACUGUUCAGGGUGUUAACAGCUGCCACAUAUGUGACUGGCACACAGGGCUGAAAGAGAGAAAAUGACAUGAAGUUUAUUUAAGAAAUUACAGAAACUUGCAGAUAUGGAUACAUAACAAUUGUAGUUAUUUACAGAGAGUUCAGAGUUCCUGCAGGAAAUCUCACAUACAUGUUGGUACAGUGAUAAAACAAGGUCAAACAAAAUCAAAGUGUCAGAGUAAUCCUCUGAUUACUCAGACAAGAAAAAUGAUCACACAAAAAAAGUUAUCUAAUUAUUCAGUAAAAAGUUGAUCACAAAAAACAGUUUUUGUCUUAUAUUCUACAGAUUAGAUUAAAUAAAAGAUCGAUGUUGAAGUGGUUGCUGAUAAUAUUUUUCCAAUGCACAGGGAUGAUGCUGUUCGUCCGAUGGUUUGAGUUGGUCUGAUCAUUCUCUCCAGGUUUAAGGUCUAAGUUCAGCUCCUGUUCAGUGUGAGGUCAAUGAUCUAGAAUGUUGGUCGAAAUGGAGGAUCCUUACAGAGUGUUCCACCUGCCUUAUAUUCAAAUAAUGCAUUUUCUCCAUACCAUUUAAUACCAUUUGUUUUGAUGUCAAGUUUAAAUUGCUUCAUUCGUAUGAACAAUCAAUGUUGCUAUCAGCAAAGACGUUACAAAAAAAAAAAAAUCACAACAUUUAUGUCACAAAUUCACAUUCCAUGAUAGUAUGAUUAUUUUACAUUUCUUUAAAGAUUAAACUGUUUAUACAACUUAAUGUAUUAAAUCUUCAUGCAGCUAUAUCACAGUUGAAUAAUGACAGAGAGUGGAUCAAACAGCUCCUCUGUUGAGGGUGAGGCCCACAGGUUGUUGCAGACAGAAACACACAGAGCUGCUUGAUCCUUCACCCAGAAGGACUGUCAGCUUCUCCUCGGGCGGUAAAGUUGAUAAAUUUGAGUUAUUGAUAUUUACCUUUGGCAUUAAAGCACUUUUUUGAGUGAUAACCUUAGCCUAGUGAACAAGUGGUUAUGCAAAUGAGAAUCCCAAGAGGUGAGACAGGACCCCAGAGUUUACAUGAGAUAUACACAAUCUCAUUUAUUACCCAGCCCACAACAAAAGAAACCAAGUACUUCCAUGUAUAAAGCUGAAUGUUACAUUAGAUGAAGAGUCUUUAUCAUUUGAUUGUGGUGUGUCAAAUUUCUCAGUUGAAAAUGUUUUCACAUUUGAGACUUGUUUGAUCUCAUUAGUUUUCUCCAUAACCUACCAUUCAAACUUGUGGUUAAGUAUCUUAUUUGACUAUUCCAACUGAGACAAAAAUAUAGAUUGUAAUUAUAAUAUUUUUUAUCAGGACUUUUUUUGUUAUCGCUAGAAUGGCACAUCAUAUAGUGAUAAAUUUUUUAGCCAAUAUUGCCCAUCCCUAGAAGCAGCUUCAUUUUGGUUUUGAUGUGCAUAUCAACAGGUUAGAGCAUUUAAAGCUGCAGCUUGAGCAGCUUUCCUUCCAGCCCAUGUGUAAAAGUAUAAAGAAUAGAAAGCUCUGUAUCAUCAAAAGUGAAGUAUGAUGUAACAUUUCCAAUAAGCUUUAUCCUCCAUUAUUUUCACACAUUGUUUUGAUUCUGAAUUGGAUUUUCUGUCAGAUACACUCGAGGAGGAAAGCUGAAAUAUAUAUUCUAUGUAAACUGAGUUUCACUUUUUCAUCUGUUUUGCACUGAGGAGAGAUGAGGACAGAUCCACUCUGAUGUCUUUUAUGGAUUAUCUGUAUUCAAAUGGCUCACUGAUCAUUAUCUAACCCUUUUUUCUCUCAGCAUUUACCUCUAAAAUCUCAACAUAUCUCCCACUGUGAGCUGCACUGCCUCGUCUACCUCCUACGUUCAUCUCUGUUUGUUUAAACUUUCUUCAGAACCAUAAUUAUUCACAAUUAGAUCAUUAGAGCUGUCAAUUACCUUCUAGGAGAGUCCUGUGAUUGACAUUGUGGUAUGAAUUAGCUCUAUUUAUUUCACUUUUUGUUGAUCUUGCCCUCUCGUCAGCACUCGGAUUGAGUGAUGAAUAAAUGUCUAAUUCGAUUUCAGUGUAAAAAUGUUGCUCAUACAGAUUUAAGAGUUAUUAUUUUCCUCUUCAAUCCGUCUUUCUCUUUCCUCUCUUUUAGGAUGACGUCCCCUCGUUUCAUAGAGUUUGUUUGCAAGCACGAUGAGGUGCUGAAGUGUUUUGUAACCAGGUGAGUCAGCGUGUCUCUACCAUCUUUCACCCUCCUCACACAGAGCCCCAGAGGCCUGAGUAUUGAUCCAGAAGCUUCUUUUCCACUGAGUUUAUUUCCACUUUAAUCUCUUUGUUCUCUCACCUCCCUCUGUCUUGUUUCUCUCUUUAUCUGUUUGCCUCUUCUUUUCCAGGAAUCCAAAGAUCAUCUUCAACCACUUUCACUUCCUGCUGGAGUGCCCUGAGCUGAUGUCCCGCUUCAUGCAUAUCAUUAAAGGCCAGGUGAGACUUUAUAUGUUGGCACCUGAAGGAAUCUGGAUUGAGUCAGUGGUUGGUUCAUUGUUGAGAAAGCAGGAAACUUAAAAUCAACUUCAGGUGCGUGACCAUAGACUGUAUGGACACCUUGGUUCCGCCUUCUGCCAGUAUACAGAUUUGAAGCCAAAAAGCUCUCGAUAUUUCCGUUUUUUUUCUCCAAUUCCUGAAACCAACAUUGCGCAAUGGCGUUGUACGCAUUCGGCAGGAGAGUCCCCGAGAGUCGCUGUGAUGACGCUCGGCUCAAACAGCAUAUCCCCCGGGUGAGCUAAGCAAUCUUCGUACGCCCAUAGGCUGUAUCAAGUGUCAAUACUAGAAAACAUGAACCCCCAAUAACUUUUAAAAAUGGAGCUGCACAGAAAAACGAGGACUUGAGCACAAACCAGUCUUACAGUAACUACAUUUCAACAUCUCAACCAGGGGGGAGGAAAAUGUAUAUUCUGUGUAAUUAAUCGCUAAAGUUUGUCCACAGCUCCAUAGGGAUUGCUUGAGGGGGAUUAAUGACCUAUACUGCAGCCCGUCACCAGAGGGUGCUGUUCUCAGGGUGGCUUCACCCAGCAAGGAGGCAGACGGUGGCCAUUCUGUAUACAGUCUACGUGCAUGACAUGUAAAAAGCAAAGAUUAUUCGCUUAUUUGAAAAAAGUAGUUUUAAAUUUAUUCCAAUCAGAAUUUGAGAGAAUUUUUAUGAAUAAUCUGUCGGAUAUUCUUAUUAAGAAUUAGGAUUGACCUUUCGAAAUGUCCACAUAAAAAACCUGAUAAUGAGCCAAUCCUGCUCUUACACACUGCUUAUCAAAAGCUAACCUCACUGUCACAUCUUGAUGUUCAGAGACAUGCCUGUGUUUAUUUGAUCGAGUGGUUUUUUGGGGGCUUUUUAUGUCUUCAAUUAGAGGAUAGACAGUGAACAGGGCAGGGCAAUGAGUGAAAGAGCGACACAUGACAUGCGGCGAAGGGGCCGAGCGUUUAACUCAUACUGAGGUUGUCUCUCUUAAAGGACUUAAGCUCCUAAAAAUGGAGCACUAAACAGGAGGAAAUCUGUAGAUAUCCCUUCAUGACUCGUUUUUGUGGAUCCAGACAAAUGCAGUGGAAAAAUGUUUUGAAACUUGCGCAAACUUUUGUGUAGUUUUUGUGUAGUUCACAGUUACACUGUCUGUGAGGCUGGUUGAUGAACCUGAACUUCACUGGUCAGCUGAGGCAUAAAACCAGGAGGUGAUUUCUGUUAAAUAUCCUCUUUGCUGUUCUAAUCAACGGUCAGUUCCUCAUCUUUUGGCUCUUCUGCAAACAUGACUGUGUCUCCUGAAGAGCUUACCUUCCUCCGCUCUGACAGGGAGCUCACAGUCUGUCCCUUUUUUUAUGUUUGUGUCUUUGGGGACUUUAUGGCAGUGACUUUGAAAGUCCCGGUCUUCUCUUCAGGAUCAUUUAACAGUGUUACAGCUGUGGUGAUAACACUUGUCUUAAGUUCCAUUUACACAGCUUCAUAAAUUUUAAGUGCUGCUCUCUCACUCCUCAGAAUUCAUAUUUGAGCUGCACCGUUCCUGCCUCCGUUCGUUGGUUCGAGCCUCGUUACCCGUGGAUUAUGACUCGCCGGGGAGACGGCCCUCGUUUUAAUUAUCGACUUUAACCUGUGAAUUUGAUUCCUUCUGCUGAUUCGUCUCUCUGCAUGCCCGCAGCCUCAGGGGGAGACGCCGCUCUCUCUUUUCUACGCUCAUCCUUCACUCUACCUCCAACGCGCUCAGAACAAAGGCAUAUAUUAUGCAAAUAUUGCUCAGCCUCAGCUCUACAUUACAGAGGAGCUUUUAGCUCUGAAAGCUUUCCAAGCCGUCUGUUGGAGAAGAGAAAUCCACAGUGUGAGCAGCUGAAAGCAGCAGAGUAGUAAUUAGUGGAGGAAAACGCUGUGCAGUGUGGGAUGAAGUCUUGUUUUCCCUCCUCAGCCCUUCAAGGAUCGCUGUGAGUGGUUCUACGAGCACCUGCUGGCCGGACAGCCUGACUCUGACAUGGUUCAUCGUCCGGUCAAUGAGAACGACAUCCUGCUCAUCCAUAGAGGUACAACAUGUCCCAGACAAACUUCAAACUACCUUACUGCUCCUGUGUGAGGAGAGCACAGCGACAAAGUCCAAUCACGGACUGAGUUUACAACCACAUCUUUACUUUUAGGAAAACUCAGGCUCGCUGCCAGAUGUUGGUUUAGUGCAGCAGUUCCCAAAAUUCUACUAUGCCCACAAAACGUAACAAAGUGAUGAAAAAACAGGAACAGACAUAGCUUACUGACACAGAAACAAGGUCAUAAACAAAAACAUUUAUUUUCCCUCUCAAUCUUGCAAUCUGUCCUCAUCAAUCAAACCUACGCUUUGGGACGUGAACACUUGUUUAACACUUUUGCUUCAAGAACAAAGAAAUUUUGAAAAAAACUGAAUCAUUUAUAUUUAGAAAACUUCCCGGUUUGACUUUAAAGAAAACUUAAAAAGCAAAUGAAAUCAAACUUUUUUUGGGUGUCAUUGCCAGAUUGCUCACUCAGUUUGUUUCCUGUUUCACAAAAUCUUGUGUAAUUUACGACUACUCCGUUAAAGGUGGGAGAAGUUUCCUGCAUUGGACAACUUUGCUUGAAGCAGUGAGUGCUCGAUGUACAUUUCUCGACGCUAUGCCUGCAGGCAAUGCUCGUCAAGUUUCUUGUGAACAAACUUUAGUUCAUUAGCGUGACUGCGGUGAGAUGUAAACAUACGAGAGUGAGACUUCAUAUCGGGGUAUUCGCUGUUUUUCACUGUUCCUGUCAGAUAUCUCUCAGUUCUCUUUGAUCAGUGUUUGAAUAAAACACAUCCAUAUUGUGCAUGAUUAAGAUGAAGGGUGAACUUUCUCCACUCAGCUACUGCACUCGACUCCUACCUCAGAUGAUAAAAACAGUCAUUCUCCCAGAGGUUGUUUGCUGAUUUGUAGGUCUCAUUUAGGGCUCAUCUCUUGAAAAUUGAACACAGUUUUAGACCUUUGUAGAAUUUCCUAACGUGUAAUUCUAAUGAUUUAUUUGUGUUUAACUAACAGACUCCAUCUUCAGGAGCAGCUGUGAGAUGGUUUCAAAGUCCACCAAUGAGAAGCUCAAACAGGGCAUCGCUGUGCGCUUCCACGGAGAGGAGGGGAUGGUGGGUUUCUCUGCGGUUUUCAGGAUCUCCAUGUCUCUAUAACCCACUAUAAUGACCAUGUUGUGUUUUGUUUCAGGGUCAGGGUGUGGUGAGGGAGUGGUUUGACAUCCUGUCCAAUGAGAUCAUUAAUCCAGACUACGGUUUAUUCACGCAGUCAGCUGACGGUAUGAGAAACCCUCUAUCCUGUGAUUAUCCUCAUAUCACACAUUGAGGUCUAGUUAAAGUGUUUUUUUUUAUGUGUUUGAUCUGCAGGCACCACUUUUCAGCCCAACAGUAACUCCUCAGUGAACCCGGACCACCUGAACUACUUCAGGUUUGCGGGUCAGAUCCUGGGUCUGGCUCUGUACCACAGACAGCUGGUUAACAUCUACUUCACCCGCUCCUUCUACAAACACAUCCUGGGUAAGGACACAAAGGCCUCAGUGAAAGCAAAGACGAUUGUAGUUUCACUCUGUAGUGUUUGAAAUUUGAAUGGCUUUCCUCACAAAUAACCUCAACACACUUGCAAACGAGUAAUCCAGCUCUGCCAAUGUCACUAUUUUAACAUGCUGGUUUGCUGUUUUUCUUACCUUUUUUUAUCAAGUUAGACUCUAGACAGAUCUAUUUCUUGCAAAUAAGAAAACAAAGAAGAGUUGGAUAAAGUUCAUUUCAGCUGCAUUCAUAAUUGACUGAGAAGGAAACAGAAAUAAAGAUCCUUGAAGUCAGAGGUUGGCGCAGUUGAAGCAAUCAUAAAUCGAACACCUUGAAGCCUUAAUUAUUCAACAAAGACAUUUGGUAAUGGAUGUGAGUUCAACUUAUUUCAGUUAACUUUGCUGUUGAACAUCCGACUGUUUGUUCUUCUAUUGCAAUAGAGGGGGUGGAUCCAAGUGCAGAACUAGAGCUUGUUCAUACAUGUUGUAUGCAUACAGAUUCAUGAAAUGUGCAAAAUUUGUCUCAAGUUGACUGUAAUCCUUCUAACCAUGAAAGAGCAGGUUUGGAUCCGUCUUUCCCAAGUUGCAGUUCUUACUACCCCUAACCAUAGACUAAACUGUCUCAAACAUGUUGUGCAACAGCAGUACAAACUCCACAGGUGGAGAGAGGAGAGCAGGGAGAGGAGCAGGAGGAGUAAGAUGUGUGUGUGUGUGUGUGUGUGUGUGUGUGUGUGUGUGUGUGUGUGUGUGUGUGUGUGUGUGUGUGUGUGUGUGUGUUUGUGUGUGAGAGAGAGAUAAGCAGGAAGACAGAAUAAACACAGCUCGAGGCUGUAAUAAUCGUGAGUAUAUGACUACUAGGCAUAUCUGUGAGUUACAUAAUUAGGAUUACAACAAAAUAUGUUCUUUAUGUUUUAAGUUUUAAUCAGAAUCAAGAUACUUUAUUUAUCCGGGGGGCAAAUUGGGUAAAUAACAGUGUUACAAGGGAAAUGUACCAUUUUGAUUGAGUGGGUAUCCCCCAAAUUUAGCCAAAGCUCUUUAAAAGUGAAGGGAAGAAGUAAUUUAUGGCCCCUUUCAGUUACAAUAACAUCUGAUUUUCUUAUAUUACCCACUUAGACAGACAGGUGUUCUUUGGUUAACCAAAAAACUGUUUUUAUAGUGUUUUUCAAAAAACUGUGAUUUCUUGGGUGUUAAUGAGAUUUUAAUGUGCAUACAUGCAUUUAAUAUAGUAAGUUGAUUUGAACAGCUUGUAAACAAAGUUACGUUUUAAAUGUCGUUAAAUCAAAUAUCAGUUUGUGUUGAAAAGUUUUGCAAACUGUAUCAUCAGGAGGAAGAGUGAAGUGCGUGGUGAGUCAGAAGUGGUGAUUGAGAACAGUAUUUUUGUUUAUGGUUGCUGUCGAGAUGUUAUUAUUAAAGCCGCAAAAAUAGUCUGUCACACUUAAUUUGAAGGGCUGUUCAUAAGACUGACAUUACACUGUCAUAAUAAUGAUGUGACACCUGUCAUGAACAUGAAUAAGGCUGUCAUUAUGAAGGUUGUCAUUAUGUGUCAUUCCAUAAAUUGUGACACCUUUGGUGCCAUAAUUUGUCAUAAUUUUCCCCACCUUUCCCAAACAUUGUGAGCGUAGCCCCAAAGGUGUCAUAGUUGAUGUUUUAAGACUGACCACCAGACUAAAACUCAAGCUUUAGUUGUUGUUACUGGAUUUCAGGGAGAGAAACUGGAUGCAAAACUGAAAACACUUUCUUUUGCUUGUCUGCAGGUCAAAAAUCUUGUGGCGAUGUUUAAUGCAGACAUUAGCUUUGUGCAACAUAUUAGAUGUCUAAAAAAAUUUCUAUCACUUGAAACAUAUUGCUAGAGUAGACAUAAUAAAUGGUAAAGUGUGUAAAGGAUAAACUCCCUUACCCUAUCAAAAAAUAAAUAAAUAAAUAGAUAAAAGAAGAGGAAGAAUCCACCCACCACCCAUCACCUCCAUCCCAAGAAGCGGUCAGUGUACAAAGUCAAUACAAACAACUAUAUUAAGUACACAGUGAAAAAGAUGUACCGAAAUGGUCUAAAUAUGGCUGCCAACUAGUUUUGAAAAGUGUUAUAUAGUUUUACGAGAGGAUAUGUGAUUUUUUUUUUUUUCGGGGGGAAGCAACUGUUCAUCUGUUCAGGGGUAUCAGAUUUCCAAGACACUGCAAUGCACUUCUUGGCCACACAUGGACCAACUUUAAUGAAUUUGAGUUGUGCAUUAUUUAGAGAACAGCAGUACAUGUGAAGUUCCCCAGUAAACACACUCUUCAGGGUCUAGUGAAACACUAACUCCUGUGAUCCUGGUUACAGUGGAGCAGGUAUCAUGCCAGAAAGGGCUCACUUUGGUACAAUGCCAGGCACAGUGCAGAAAGGAACCAACAGACCUCUGACAGAUCACAUUUAAAUGAAUGUCAUUUUUCUGGGGUAAGGUAAAAUUGAUGUAGAAUAUUAGAGUUCAUCAGUCUAUACAUCAUUCAUGACAGGCAGAGUCAUUUCAGGACCCAGAUUAGCUCUCAGAAAGAAUCUUAUCUGGAGAUAACAGAAAAAGGUCUGAUUGGACAAGUUAUAUUUCCCUUCGAGGUGUUCAAAUGGCAUGAAGAGUCCUUUGUUGGAGCAGUCCUCCAAGUACUGAAUUCCUUUUUGAUGCCAAUAUCCAAAAUCUUAUUAUCAAGAGGCAUGUAUAUAAGUUCAUUUUAAUUUAAAGGUGUUUUAGCUGACAGUCCCACCUUCAAUCCAAGACUUUUGUGAACCUUAUAGCGAUUUUCAAUCAGAUGCCUCAGUGUAGGGUUAUCUGUCCUGUUUUUUACUUUCCAUAAUUAUGCUUACAAAUGACGUCACUGUGGGCUUUUCUUUCAGGGGAUGUGUCCAAAUUGUGUCCAAGAACGGGUGCAAAACAAAUCCCCCCUGAACCAUAGUCAAUAGUGCUGUUUAUUUGCCGAUUGAUAUAAGGAGUACUUUACAGUUCCAUAUGAAUUGUCUGACAUAUCUAUCAGGAAUUAUAAAGAGAAAGUGUGGUAAUGGAAUGGGCAGGGAUUGAAACACAUGUGUUCAUUUUGAUACAAUUAACUCUGCCAAUGAAGGUGAGAGGCAAACCCAUCCACCCAUAUAAAUCAUCUUCAGUCUUACCGAGCAGUAGGAGGUAAUUCAAUUCAUACAGGUUUUUGAGGUCAGUGUCUACAAUUAUCACAAAGCAUUUUAUACCAUCCACAGGCCAUCUAAAUGGAUCAACAAACACAUACAAAGGUGGCAAAAAGAGAAGGAGCCUGGUUUUGUCCACCGGGGGCGCCGAUAUCAGUGCAAAGCAAAAGUUUGUCUUAGCUUUAGGUCGGGGGCUUUGUGUAACAUGAUAUCAAGUUUAAAGCAGCUGUGUCGGCACUCUUUAAGAACACAGUAUGCAGUUAAUCAUCUAAUUUUGAGUGCUUGUAACUUGGAUUUGAAUAUUAUUUUAAAGUCUGUGCCUGGAUCAAGUUAAUCCGACAAAAAUAAAAAAACAGGGUUUAAGUGAUCUGGGUUAACUGAUGCUGGAUUGAAAACAAGUAAAGCUCUAAAUCUGUUUUAUUGUUUUCCAGAUUGAAUCCUUGGAAUAAUGAAGCUCCACUGUGCAUUUUCUUUUGUGUGAUGGUUAAUGUUUGUGUGUUUUUUAGGUAUCCCAGUGAAUUACCAAGAUGUGGCGUCCAUCGAUCCAGAGUAUGCCAAAAACCUGCAGUGGAUCCUGGACAACGACAUCAGUGAUCUGGGUCUGGAACUUACCUUCUCUGUGGAGACAGAUGUGUUCGGAGCGAUGGAGGAAGUGCCGCUCAAACCUGGAGGGACCAGCAUCCUGGUCACCCAGGACAACAAGGUGAGUCAGCGAAAAUCAGGUCAAAGCUGCAAUAUCACCUCGUGAGGAAGUUUGAUUCUGUUUCCAUGUCACAGAUAUCCCAAACACUUGAUUCAGAGAGGCUUGACCUGGAGCUUGUUUCCUUAUAUUUUAAUUUUUAAACUGUGGCUUAUAGUUUGAAAUAAGUAUAAAACAUACCUCUUCCAUUCAAAUAUUACAUUUUGAGAUUAGAUAAAUCACUGUUUAUCCAUACAUCUGAAAAAAGUGUGAUUAACUGAAAUGUGGGGUUAUUAUUUGUGUGACAUAGCUGCCCCGUCACUGAGAGCAGCUAGCGCAGACACACUACAUGCUACAUACGACACGCUACACAACAACAACGCCAAACUUUCCCUUCUGGUCCCCCACAGCGGUCACAAGUAUCUAACCUAUUUGUUAGUGUGAGCCCGUUGUUCAGGUGAUUGAAUAUUUUUUUGUAAAUAAUUUUUGGACACUGUACAUUUUUUUUUUCACUGUGUUUGGAGACUGGUGGAAUAAAAAAAAAACUCUAAAAUGUACCUUUCUGACUUCGCCAUACUGAUUUUCCCUGGGAGAACCCACAACAAUUUGGAUUAACAGUUACUGACACAGUUUUGUUUUUUAACAUUGGGUAAAGCUUUUUGUUUUAAAAAUAUGAACACAUACAAAGGUCCACAUUUAAAGAUAUCUAUACAUUUACAUUCACAUUAAAAGCAAGAAACUAAACAAUAUAAAACAAGGUAACUGAGUGAAAUCUAGGUUCUAGAGGCAAAGACAAAAAUGGGGAUUCACUAUGACAAUAACUGAACAAGUGUAUACAAACAUUUCAUACACUAUCAAGCAAAUACAGCUUAUACCACACCAUAAACAUGGCUAUAAGCCACUAUGAAUGUUUAUAAUCACUCAUUAUAAAGCCUUAUAGGUACAUUUGUAGACUUUUUUAGACUUUAUAAAUGUCCAUAUGAUGCACUGUAAGAGGUAGAUUUAUAUCAAGUGUUACCAAAUCCUCUUAGUAAGUUUAUUUAAAUAUUUAUAAGUCAUGAAAAAUAUCAUUGAUAACUGCCGUAAAGUAUUUUGGUCUUUUAUUUUACUGAGAACAAGAUACCCCUGCUUAUAAGUUCUUAUAAAUGUGUUAGAGGAUCAUAUCGUUGUAAGUAACCUUGUGCAGAACUGUCACUUUUCUUAAAGCGCCCAAAGACAAAUUUUAACAUGUGUUGAAUAUUGUAAUGAUAUUUCAAAAUAUGAAGAUUUGAUUUGAAAUAUGCUGAAAAAAACAUCAACUCAUCUUGUAUAAUUCAGUGUUUCUGUUUUAUUAGUACUUUAUUAUAAUUUAUGAUUUAUUAUAUUUUAAAAUUGUAGUCUGUAGAAAGACAAGGUUUAGGCUUCAAAAUGUCUUCUUAAAUAUUCAGGUCAGUAUCAAAUGCGGACCAUUGUAAUGAUACCUAUCAUAACAACAAUGACAACAAUAGUAGUAGGCAGGAAAAUAAUAAAAACAGUUGCUACAAUUAUUACUACAACAUUAAUAAUAAUUAAUGUUUAUUGAACUGUAAAGAUGCUUUUCUUUCCUCAAAAACACAUCUCUACAUUAUCCUUCAUCCUCAGUAAGAAAGGAGUGUUUAUUUUUUGGAAAUUUGGCUCUUGCAGAAAAGUUUGUUGGUAAUUAAGUCAAAACUCCAAACCUCUCAUUGAAAACGAAACAAAACUGCAUUCUCACUCUUGGAUUCAUCUCUUGUUUCUGCUAAAGAUUUUGUCAGUUAAAAGUCUGACCAGAACUUUAAGUUGUAAUUAUAGAUUAAAAGUUCUGCAGUAUCUUUUUUUUCUCUGUGUGUGGAGGUGGCGUUAAUGACCAGCUGAAGUUCCCCUGCAGUUUAUUCCUCCUCACUUUGUCUCCUGUGAGCGAUUGAUUUCUCUCCUGCAGCUCAUCGUCUGGAAGCGCCUAAUUAGAGAGUGUAGUACUGCAGAGGUCCUGCAGAGGCCACUGUGGUCUAAAGCAGAGACAGCCACAAGAGUAUGAGCUGUUUUAUCACUCUCUGAUAGCUGGGUCCCUCUGUCUCUCUCUGUCAGGCGGAGUACGUCCAGCUGGUGACAGAACUGAGAAUGACUCGGGCCAUUCAACCUCAGAUAAAUGCCUUCCUGACGGGUUUCCACACCUUCAUCCCCCCCUCGCUUAUCCAGCUCUUUGACGAGUAUGAACUGGUAAGAUUCCUCUUCCCCCUUAUUGUUGUCCUUAUUUUCAUCUUUCCUUCCUUUCCUCUCCUAAUUUCUCCUCCUCCUUCCUUCCCUUAUCUCCUCCUUUCCCCUUUCUACACAUAUUCUUCCUUUCCUAUACACCUCUGCCUUAUCCUCUUCUUCAUUUUCCCCUUUUCUUUCUCUUUUAAUAUCUCUUCCUUUCCUGUAUUGUCAUCUUCUUUCACCACCUCAUUUCUCUUAUCCCUCCAUUUUCUCUUCUGCCCUUUACCUCUGUUACUUUUCACAUCCCCCUCCUUCAUCCUGACCUCCUGAUCCUCCCUGUUUCCCCCUCUCUUUCUCUUCUCCUCCUACUCUUGCCUUGUCUUGUUCAGCCCCCCCCCCCCCCCCACACACACACACACACACACACACACACACACACACACACACACACACACACACACACACACACACACUGUGCUCUUUUCUCUCGUCCCCCUGCCCCGCCCACUCUGAUCUGUGGAUUGAUUAGCUGUGGUUUUGGCAGGGCGGGGUGCGCUGACCUUGAAGCCCCUCCCUCUUGUCUGACUCCAUUAGCUGUUUUUUUUUUUUUCUGUGUGUGUCGGCAGAUUUCCCGCCCCCGCAGCGGGAGGAUCGAUAGAGUAGCAUGAUGAUUAUCCCGUCCUGGAUUUGUUGGACAUGUCUCGGUCAUUCUGUCAUUGCAGCAGGACAGCUGUUAGUGUCUGAUCAGCUGCUGUCAGCACAGAGACACUUUGAAGGAGAGAAAGGGAGAGGAUCAGACUCCAUAGUGUUAUUAUUUUUGCAGUAUCCUACAUUCAGAAUCAAAGUGACUGUGUUUACAUCCCCUGACACAUUUAGUGUUAAAGGUUUAAUUUUUAAGUGAAUAAAUGAUUUCCUUAUUUGAAAUUUUUUUUGUAACAGACAGUUGAAACUUGCCUUGGAAUAAUGGCCAAAGACUUUAAGCUGAAGACUUUACUGAGGACCAAAAGAUGUAGACUUUUGGCAGAAGACUUAAGACUUGACUUCGGUCAUGGCCAAAGACUUGAGACUUAAGUUUGACCAGCUGAAAGACUUAAGACUCUACUGGGACUAUAGUUAAAGACUUGUAACUUGACCUGUACUCGACCCAAAAGACUUUGAAACCUGACUCUUGGACUCCUGACUAGACUUGGUCUUUGGACUUGGCAUGGACCAUGUCAAAAUAUUUGAGACUCAAGUUCAUCUUGUUGGAAGAUAUGAGACUUGAUUUCCAAAAAUCGUCUUGUACCGUCUCUGUAACCUGCUGGGUAUAAGUCCUGUCACUCGAAUGCAGACUUUGGGUCUGGACCCACGUUUAUGGACGUUUUUCUCUUGGUGUAAAUCUAUCUAAGGGUGUUAUUCUAUGUGUGUUUGUGUUCAUGUGUUCAGGAGCUCCUGCUGUCUGGGAUGCCAGAGAUCGAUGUUCAGGAUUGGUGCAGGAACACUGAGUACACCAGUGGCUACGACCCUCAGGAGCCGGUCAUCCGGGUGAGACCCUCAGCAUCAAAAUCAACAAAAACUAAACUGAUAUUAAAAACAAAAAGACAGAAUAAAGUGACAAAGGUGAAUUAAAUUUGUAAAAGAAAAAGCAUCAAGAGUUUCCAAACACCAUUAUACCCUUCAUGCGUAUACCUUACGUGUCUCACUUGGAGGUGAAUAAAGCUAUUAAAAAACUUUUGUUUCAGUCCCUGAAGCUAAACUCUCAUUUUAGCAUCAUUAAGACUGUGAACACAAAGAUAAACAAACACAAGCCCUCAGUGGUUUUGGCCUUUUCUUGUCUAGAACUAAGUGCUGGCAUCCCGCAAAGAUGUGUGUGUGAUUGUUGAAAGUGGGUGUUUUUAAAGAGGAUAAAUAGUUAUGAAACAUUUGACCAGAUAAAUAUCACUGAUAAAACAGAACAAGUGAAUUCACAUAGACUGGAUUGCAGCUGCUAAUAUCACCAUGAGUAAAGUUUGAUUUGUCCUUUUUAUUGGCACCCUCUAAUGAUUAGUUGCACAAAGCAGACUGACCUGGACUGAUGGCCAAAGACUUGUGGCCUAGGACCAAAAUGAACACCUGCCAAACUGAUUUUCUGUUAAUAUAUUGAAGCAGAAAUGGUCCGUAAAGUUCGGCAGGUUGCUUGUCUUGCAUCUGAUUGUGGAGCUGUCAGCAUCAUGCACAGGUUUGGCAGGUGCUCUCAGUGCAUGGAAACCUUUAAUAUCUCUCUCUUUUACUUGAUUUCCUCUUAUUACUGAUCUGUGUCUUUCCCCUGCAGUGGUUCUGGGAGGUGGUGGAGAGCUUGACUCAGGAGGAACGGGUUCUCCUGCUCCAGUUUGUCACUGGAAGGUGAGUUUUUCUUCUGGGUUUUACUUGGGUUCCCCAUACAGCAGACAGUGUGUUGAAUUCAUGUUGUGAAUCAGUUCCAGGGUUCCUCAUGGGGGCUUUGCUUUCUUGAUGGGGGGUAGCGGUUUACAGAAGUUUACAGUAGCUGCUGUGCCGUACACCUCCAACCUGCUGCCUACCUCCAGUACAUGGUAAGAAAGAUUUCUGACGGCUUCUGUUCAGUAUGUGAGUCUACUCUGGCUGUGUUUUAAGAGGCUUAUUGUAUUGUUGUUGACCGGUUCAGGACCUGUUGAAUCUAAAACACUAGCAAUAGGUGUCACAAGUCCAAGUAGUUUUUUCCUCAGCCUCUCCCUGUCAAAACAUCAAGUACCAAAGUUGAAGCAAACUGGAUGUUUUGAAACUUCUCCUGCUGUGAGACAGCUGUCAGAUCUUUAUGCAGAUGCUUUAACUUGAUGUACUACGGAAGCCUUAAGUAGACAUGAUUUAUUUAUUUUUUUAACCCUCAUUUUCUCGAGAUCACGAAUUAAUUUUGAGACAACGCCGGGAUCACGAGAAAACUAUCUCGUGAUCUUGGGAAGACAGGGGUUAAAAAAAAAAAAACAUGUCUGCUUAGGGCUUCCGUAAGGUACAACUUGUGGAAAUGCAGGGAUUAAAGAUACUUAGCACACAGUUUCAAGAUUGAAAAGCUCCCUUGCUCACUCCUCUUGUUGCCAAAGUGAUGGUAGACUCGAAGGACAAAAAGCACCUUAGAGCACAGUAAAGUGUGUGAUUCUUUGUGAUUUUCUGGUUUUAUUCUGUAUGUAAUCUUAACUCAUCAUAUUAGAUUUUUCAUGUAAGGUUUCCAGCAUGGUUUCUGAAUAACAAAACUUUGGUUUUGAUCAAAUUUAGUGAUUCCUUAUUGGUGUCAAACCGGUAUUUUAAAUUGUUCAGUUCCUUCCUGUCCACCUCUGAAAGCUGCUGCAGAUCAUCCCUAAAACAUGACAUGUUUGUGUCGUCUGCAAAGACCGUGAGUUUUAGAAGAUUAGACACUUCAAAUACACCAUUUAUGUGGAAAAUGAAAAGUUUGGGUCCCAAGACUGACCCUUGUGGGACACCACAGGUAAUGUUUAUACAAUUUGAUCUGCGCUGACCCAUCUGAACAGACUGCUUGUUGUCACUCAUGUAGCUUUUAAGCCAGUCAAGGGCUACUCCUCUGAAACGAUACCUAUCCUUUUUGUAAUGUUUAAGUUAAAAUAAUUUAUCUUUUACUCUUAAUGUGACAGAAAGACAUCUAGUAAUUUUUCUGCUGUCUGAUUAUGCAACUUUGGCUCCAAAAAAAUUUAUUUAUUUCUAAUAGAUUCAGCUUUCUAGUCUCAUAGUUUUAUGAGGUGUUUCUCAGAUAAACUACAUGUUACAGACAUACAGAGACAGCAGAAAGGAGAAGUAACUCUGCAGCCUUGGUGAUGAAUAUUUGAUUGGUGCACUCCUGAACACUAGAGGGUAGUGUGUCUCUUCUGUCAUCCUUGUGCAGAGACGGCCCAGUGUGACAUUAGGGGCAGGCCUCUGCAUGACGGAGUGUGCAACAGGUCAUUCAUCUCUCUGCACGUCUUUCUGCAGGAGAUGUUUGAGGCAUCAGCACUCCAUCCCUCCCCCUUCUCUCUGACAAUGUCCUCCCUCUGCUCUCUUUUCUCCCCCUCCUCCCUGCAGCAUCAACAUGCUGAAACUCCCAGAGUACCCGAGCCAGGAGGUCCUUAGAGACCGGCUGCUGGUGGCGUUGCAUUGUGGGAGCUACGGGUAUACCAUGGCGUGAUUGUCGCAUCGUUACCUGCUGCUAGGAGUGCCUGCAGAGUCAUGUGACUCUGACCUCCUGCAAGGUGAUGCUUCGCUUUUGCUGGAUGAAAAGGGAAAUCCAGAUUCUUCUGAUCAUGCUGCUGAAUGGAGAGAGACGAUAGACUCUCUGGAGCUGUUUCUGGAUCUCACCUCAUCAUACCUGUGCCAAAACUUCUCCUAUAUGAUCGAAGCUGGUAUCUGGUAACUUAUGCAAACAUUAUCUUUACAUACAACUAUUUUCAUGCAUUUAAUUAUCGAAGGAAAAACAGCAUUUAUACCACGAAUCAUUCUCCUACAGUGCAGGAUAUUGAUCACAAUUAGUCAUCUUCAUAAAAGAGAGCUGAAUGUAAACCAUUAUUCAUUUGCUGCAAGUGCAAAGUUGUUGGUUUUUAUGCAGUCAAUCAAUAGCGUCAUAUCUAUAUCACAGGUUUGCUGCUUUUUGCAGAGAAUAGCAACAGAUCAGCAUAUUAAUCAAACAGAUCUAAAGCUGCUUAAUAUUGUAAUUUUGGCAUGUUUCCUAUUCUUUUUUGAACCUAGUCUCUGCUUUUACAUGUUUUUUGAGGUGUUAAAGGUACAAAAUGUUUGUGAAUGUCUGCAGUAGAUGAGUUAAACUGCAGCAAGUAAACAGGCUCACAAUCCCAUAAAAAAAUCUACCUUUGUUUUCCAAAAGUUUCCGUCUUUGUUAUGAAAGCCCCUUUCAGACAUGCACAAAGUUUUGCUUAUAAUCAUCUGAAGAGCAGCACAUACAGCCACAUUUUUAACCCCAACUUUACCUAUUGCAAAUACAGCAAUAAUAAGUUGUGUUGUACAGCAUCUUGGAUUGCUCAUGUCUUCUGUCCACCGCAAUUACUUCCUUGGUUAUGACUUGACUGCUUCUCGCUGUGCGUCACAGCAUUGCUUGGCUCGUAAAACCAACUGGAAGGCAUCAACAAGGGAAGCAUUGAACAAACAGGCAAACAAUGUCAGCAGCCUGAAUGAGUUAGAAUCAGUUUUAAAUUUCCAUUCUUAAUCCUUGAGACCUCAAAAUAUGUAAAAACAGGGCUGUUAGCCAAAAAAUAGAACAAAAAUUAUUUAAUAAAAGAUCUAUUCAUUUAUGUUUCCACAUCCCCUUUUGUGUCUACUUCCCUGUUUUAACAUUUCUUGUCUGUUAGGCCAGCAGCUCCACUGUGAACUUCCUCUGCCAGAUAACCUUGCCAAUAUUUUUUCCGUUUAUUUUUUUAAAUGUCAAAUGUAAAAAAAAACUGAAGAAACUAGGUCUUUCUUCUGUUGAGCCAAACAUGUCAAACACGUGUUCUUAAAUCUAGACAAGAAAAGCCCUCAAUGUAGCCAAAAGGAGGACAGCAAGGUUAAAGUAAUAUGUGAAACGUGACCAAACUUGGGGCAUCAGGGCCAGUGUCCACUGACAGCUCUGACAAUUGCGUCUUAUUCUCUCUCUGUUUGCGUCUUAUUUAUAUUUUAUUAAAUGGAAUUGCACAAAGAAAAGGGAAAAGAGUCAGUGGAAAAUAUUGUGUUAGACCUUGUUGGUUUCUUCCUCUCCUAUUUUUGAUAAAUUUGAUAUCCCAAGCCCCACCCCUUCUUGAUUUGAUUGGCUGAUGAUAGUUCCAAGCACAUUGGCACUCUGAAACUGAACUGUUUUCAGCUCAGAGUGCAUCAUAAAAAGCUGACAGAGAGUGUUCUUGCAAUGAGGACACUGUACACUGAGAACACUGAGCUGCAUUGGUUUGUUUGGAAAAGGGAAACUGCUGAUACAAGAAGGAGAAAAAAAAUGCUGUUAGUGGACACAAGCCCUUAUGUUUUGCUUCAUCAGUCUCAACCUCAAACAGAUACUGACUCAGCUGCUGAAACACCAAUCUGUAUGUGGUCCACUGGUUGAAAGCCUGGAUUUUAGCAAGUCUUUCUUUAAGAGCCAGAUGCAACCACAUUUGUGUGAGAAAAUGGAGCCAUGGAAGGCUAGAAAGGUGGGGCCAUACUGAACAGUUACUGAGAUAUUAAUUGGGAUUCUGUUUUUUUUCCUUGUAAAAGACAGACUUUGAAUAUCAUCUCUACCCUGAAGAUGAAGGUUAGGGAUGCUACAGUUCUCUGUGUGAUAUUGACCUGUUCAGUAUAUAGCAUCCACUGUCCAUCAUGGGCUUGUGAAUGGCAUCUUUUUUUCACUCCCUGUGAUACUCCUUUCUCCUUUAAGCUGGCUCUGUUUAUAUUUAUGAGGAAACUCUGCUCUGUGAGUCACUGCAGUCACAUCCAAUGAAAGGCAGAAGAUGGCGAGAAGCACUGAAAAUACUCAGUGAGUUUACAUAUUGUUCAAAAAUCAAUUUACUGCCUUAGUCCAGCUGAAACUGGACUUCUCGAAUACAUGUAAACACAUUAAUCUGACUGAAAUCACACUCAGUUAAAAACGGUAUCUCCAACUGAACCCACAUUAAGAUUGCCCUUGUUUUUAGAGGGAAACCUGCAGACUUACAGAACAGAUGCAAGUCUGUUUAUCCAGUUUUUCAUCCAUCUGCAUGAAUCAUUCAUCUGUGCAGCAUUUACUGCAUGUUUCCUGUGAUUUACUGUAAGACAUAUUUUAUAUUUUUAGUCUUUUUUUUUUCUGUCUUUCUCGCUGUUGAUGUGCUUCAUGAAUGAGUAUCAAUCUUAGGUUAUGUUUCUGUUCAGUCGACUUUCAGAGAGACAAUUAAAGGUUUCAAGAUGACAAAAUUCAAAGCUGGAUUAGUCUGAAAUGUUUUAAAUAUGUUUUUUUUUCUUCUUUUUUUUGCCAAGAGAAGCAUGCUGAAGUUGUGUUUUUAUUCCAAAAAUAAAACAGGAGCUGUAUUUUAGGUAUUAAUUUGUAAAGAGAGUGUACAUAUCGGUCUCAUCUUAUUGUCAGUAUUGUUUUCGAAGCCUUGACUGAAAUGCUUUUGUAAACUCAGCAGAGCCUUUUUACAUAUUUCUGUAAAUGUCUUCAGUAUCAAAUGAUGUAUUUUACCAUCAACAUGUGAUGUGCUUCAAGAUUUAUCCAAUAAAUAUCAUUUUUUCACAAACUGUCUAUUUGGUGAUGUUAAAGGGGAAAGAAGAGGUUCCUGUGUUUGAGCAGGAAGGAAAAAAGAGGAAAGAUCUUAUAUGCAGCUCUGUCUGUGUACGUACAAAAGUGUGUGUGUGUGUGUGUGUGUGUAUGUGUGUCUGUGGAUAGGCAUAUGUGUCCGCAGCAUGACUGCUGUGCUGGGUCACCAGUUAAGAGCAGCAGGUCUUCUGGGUGCUAAACGGCCCCUGACCGACUCUCAGGGAGCCGAGCAGCUGUUUGAGGUCCGACCUGACUUCACAUUAGUCCCCCUGAACCUCACCAUCGCUCCUCAUCACUACUUCUCAUCACUGCAGAGACUUAGGACAGGUGAUAUCACUACAAAUACCAGAAAACUACAACCACUCUCAUGUUCUCUCUUCAUACUGCAGAGUAGGACAGACCACUGGAUGACACUAAAAAUACCAGAAACCUUUAAAUAUAUGUAAAUAUUUUGUUAAAAAGAUAGAUAGAUAGAUAUACUUUUUGUUUGUUUGUUUGUUUUUUGUUGUUGUUUUGUUUGUUUGUCUAAAUCUGUGUUUUGGUGGCUCAACUGAAGUUUGAUUAUCUGACCAUAUAAAGCUGAAGUUAAAUUUUGUAAACAUCUCGGUUGUAAGCUAACCCAAGCAGGACUCUAUUUUUCAUUAAAUAUGGUGUUACAUGUGGCUGGCUGCUGCAUGUUUAUUUCUCUCUCUCCGCUCUCUCUGAUCUCCCUCCCUCUCUAUACCUGUGUGGCUGCAGCACACCUAACACUUGGGGUAUAGGAGGAGAGUAUUUAGGGCAGAGCGAAGCUAAGCUCCUUGGAGACACAUGUAGUCCAUGCUUCAUAAACUGUGAAGAAGGUAUGGAGGAGAAAGGGUGAAAGUCGGUUAUUUUGCAUGUGUGAGCGUAUGAGAGGGAUAGCUGGCAUUCAUAAGCUUAACUGUGCCGAACAGAAAAAGAGAGAGCGAGCAGUGCGUCAUGACGUCGCGGAUUAACCGCGAUGCAGGUGCGCACAGCACCCUGGGAGACAGGUGAAUGUCUGACAGCAGGGAUCGUUCCGUCCGCCUGCGUGAGGAGCGCUCUGCCCGAGGAAAUAUCAAGAAGUUGUUGAAAUACAGUGAACGAGUUGGAAUUCACUGCGAGCUGACUCCACAGAGUCCCGGUGGAUGUUACCCGCUCGGCGGUGAGUUUAUUGUCCAUUUUUGGGGAAAAGAGCAGUGAGUAAAGGCCGCGUUAGCCGUCGCACUAAUUUAGCUGCCAACUGCUAAUUGACGCCACGUGCGUUAGCCGUUGGGGGUAGCAGCCAAUGUGAAAUUAUUGAAUUCAGCUACCAAGAGAGCUAAUGAAUGAGCUAAUUGCUACUAUGGUUGGGAAAUUCAGACAAAAUGCUAAGCUAUCGUGUGUGGGUGUGUGUGAACUUCAUGGACCAGAACAAUCGCGUGUGUGUACUGCAUAUGGUCGGUGUGUGAAAAAGAGAAAUUCACCAUAUUGAAUAACUUUAUACAAAGAAAUUGAUGCUUGAAGGCUUUAGUUUGGGUUAUUUGAAUAUUGACACUGGUAAAGUGAGACCCAUAAAGUGUAGCAGCGCCGACAUCAGUACAGGGGGCUCGGUGCAUGACGUGCGGCCAUUUUUACAGACGAAACAACACUAAGCGCACUGGAAUAAGUGAAAUUAGGAUGAUGUUAGGUUUUAAAAACCAGUUAUUUAUUAGCUGAUUACACAGCAACAGAGAACAGAAUGGAGAGAGAAAAACUUGGGCUCAACAUAACGUUCAGGACAAGCUUAAAAAUGAAGAAAGAGAGCGUUACCUAAGCAAAAUUGUGGACAUUGCUCGAUUCGACCCAUAUGAACACACCGUAUGGUCAGAAGAUGAUUUCGAGAUGCUACCACCACUUAACCGAGUGCAUCUGAUGUGAACUGAAACUGAAACCUGAUAUUAAUACCUGUAACCUCAUCAGGCAAACAGGGGUUACACACACACACACACACACACACUCCUGGAUAAAUGCUUGAGCUUUGUUUAACCCUCUCUUUUCGUUAAUCAGUUGAUUCAUUUGUUUACCAAGCGUGUAUUUUUCCGUGAUUGUAUAUUCCCCCCAUGCAUUUUAAGAUUGCUGUUUUUUUUUUUUUUUUUUUUGGUUUGGCUGUUGUCCGCUGGUUGUCCUAUUUUCUCAUUGUUUUCUUUUCCUGAUUAAAUAGUUUAAUUUUGGUCAGGCGGUUUUGAGGCCAUUUAAAGCCUCAAUCUUUGCAUGGUUAGGGGUGUGGCCUUUGUGAGAUACAGGUGGGAGCCUGAGAGCUGAAAAACAUCCAGGUGAGAGUCAAAAUGCCAAACUUAAAAGCCUCAAACCAGCAGGUGACAUUCAGAUGGCUGUGAAUAACACACAGUUGGAUAUUGUGUCUCUCCUGCCAAACUGUAAAUCCUCUCAGGUGAUGCUCUUUCAGAGCUAAACGCUUAACUGCUGCUUCUUUAUCUGCGGGCUGAGCUUCCUUCCUGAUUACUUCGUGUCUCCAUGACAGAGACGGAUUCACUUCUGCACCUUUCCCCCUGUGGAGUUAUUACCUCUGCAUCCACACACCCGAUUACAUCUGUUCAACCCAAGCUCGUGCACACAGAAACACUCUCAGACUGCUGCUCUGCAGUUCAACAGCAUCCUCCUUCAUCCUACAAAUCCAUGUUCGACUUUCCCUCUUUGGAUCUCCCCACACACACACUGGACUAUCAAUCUACACUGACCAAGUGUAGACCUCUGUCUGCAGUCAUUCUGGAGAGUGAAAUGUUCUCCUGUUCUUUUCUGAUAUAGGAGUUCAGCUGCUGUAGAGUCCAGGGUGUCCUUUUUUGCAUGUUUGUUUCGUGAUGCCCCAGAUGAUUUCAAUGGGUCACAAGUCAGGACUGCAGACAGGCCAGUUUAGCAGCUGGACUCUUCUACUAUAGAGCCAUGCUGUUGUAGCACAUGCAGAAUAUGGUUUGCUGUCGUUAUGCUGAAAUAUAAAGGCCUUCUUAAAAAGUAAUUGUUUGGAUGGCAGCAGAUGUUGUCCCAAAACUUGUCUGAGACACUUACUUAGUUGUUUCCUUUAUCUAGAACUUUACUUGUGUUAAACCUGGCUUUGGACAAAGUGUUUGCUAAAUUAACUUCACUGUAAUAUUGUAGAACUUUGAUUUUUACGAAGACAGGAUCAGAUGUGACAUUUUCCUCUUCUUCUCAGUCCAUCUUAGAUGGGCUCAAGUCCAGAGUAUAGUCUCUAGUGUUUCUGGAUCAUGUGUAUUUCUGAUUUUCUAUAUUCCUGGCUCAGUUUUCAUCUUCAUCUGUGAAUGCAGCGAUGAACCGUGUUCACUGAUUAAGGUUUAUGAAAGUGAUUUUGCGCUCAUGCAGUGAUUUCCACUACAGAGCGAUCUUUGUUUUAUUGCAAUCAGGGACAUCCAGGAUUUUUGGUUUUUGGUCUUUGUCCCUUUUGUACAGAGAUUUCUCUGAUUCUCUGAAUCUUUUAAAGUCAUGGUGUACUGUAGAUGAUGAAAUCCACUCAGUCUUUCACAUUUUACAUGAAGAAACUCUAUUUUGACAUUAUCAGUCUCUACCAGAGUGAUCUCUUUCCACCUUUUCUUCUGAGAGACUUAGCCUCUCUGAAUAUCCUUUUUAUAUACAGUCAUACUAACCUGUUUGAAAUGAACCUCACUGGUGGUUGUAAAAUGUUGUCCUGUGGAUUUCUAUCUUUGUACAACUUUUAACCUUAUUGGUCAUUCCUCUUACUUUGUAGAAAAAUGCUGCUAGCAGCAAAUUAAAAAAAUGUUCACUUUCACUUGUUCACUUUCAGCAGAUGAUAUGUUGUCUUUUAUUGUGAUUUCCGCUCUUUCUCCACAUUCUGGUUGUGAGGUCUCUGUCAGUUAUAGAAAAAAAGGUUAGUAUUUCACUAAUCUCAUGAGAAUUCAUCAUUUCAAUACUAAUCUGUAUUUUUCAUCAGCACAAUCUCAAGCUGGUAGUUUCCUGCUGACUUUGUGAAUCUUAUUCUCCUCCAUUCUUACUCAGCUCCCACAGACACAUACACUCCAGUAUUUUUCACCCACAGUUUGAUCAGACAUACUAGAAAGACAGAGUGAGAGUAUUUAUUCAUCCCUAAAGAAAACUGAGCUGUCUGCAGAGAUAAUCACUUAGGCAGCUGGAAUUGAUUGAUUGAGACGUUCUCUCAAAAACAGUCUCAAUCACAGCUGCUCAUCUGAAAAGUUUGUGAAAAGUCCUGUGAUUUUAUAAAAAAGAUGUUUUCAGAGUAAUAUAUUUAAGAUAAAUGACCUGAUAUCACUGAAACCAGAUAGAAUCCUGGUGCCCUCUGCAUAGUUUGCAGAUAUAAAGUAUAUCAGCUCUGCAGCUCUGUGGAGGUAGAAAGACACCCACACUGAAAAAGACUCAAGACAAGUUCAGAGUCUGCAUCAAAAUAAUAAAAAAAUAAAAUCUGUAAGUAUGAGACAAUAUUUCAGUGCUGCUCUUUAGUCAAGGGAGUACUUAUAAAAAAAACACAACCAAACUAAACUAAACAAAAAAAAGGAACCACCCUAUCCUUUGAAACAGUUGAAUUACUUGCAUCUGUUAUUGAUGAUGCCAUCUUUAUGGCACAAAUUGCUCUGGUCCUCAACGGCCAACAUUGCCUCAGUGAUGGGAGAGGUUGGUGAGGGAGUUUAAUAUGAUUUACUUCUGGAAGUUGCUACAUAUCUUUACACACUGCACCUGUGAUGCUUUGUGUGAGGCUCUGUGAAUUGAAUAAUAAAGAUCCAGUCGUUUUAUUUUUCUAAUAAAUGCACACAGGUGUUGUUUGGAUAACAAAGAUGUAUUAGCCCUGCCCCCUCCUCUGACUUUUCCUCACUGAGGCAGACUGCAGUCCUCCCUGCUAACCACCAUCGUCCUACAGCCUUACCUGCUCUGGCACCCUUGUUACUGGAGCUACUUUCACUCGAUAAUUCACUCUGAGCUGAUCCAGCCGGGACUCUCAGAUAGGGUCUGUGAGAGGGGGGCAAUAGACCUAAAAAAAAACAAAAAAACAGGAGAAACCAACUUUACCUCGGCACAGCACCGACAGCCCUCCUGAAUGCUGAGAAAAUGUCUCUGUCUGCUUACAGUCUGAACUGUCCUCUAUCUGCAGGACUUACACUCACAUUUUUACACACACACACAGAUUCCUUUACUUCCCUCUGCCUGUCCUGAUGAGCCAAAGCUAUUCCCAUGAGUUCUUUCAGCUUCACCAAACCACUCUGAGUAAACAGUAAAAUGAUGAAUUGAAGUCCGGACCUCUUCUCUGUGUUAGCAGGAAUUUCAGCUAGAGCCUGUUUGGCAGACAACCUGAUUCUGGUUUAGUAGAAGACAAGUUGACAAACAAAAAUGCAAAUUUAAAACAUGUUUCAUGGACAAGUUGUACCUCAAGUUUGAAUCUGCAACCUUUCAUUCUACAACACUGACCUGUGAAAUAUGUGGAUCCCUUACCCUGGCUGGACAAUAUAGACCAGGGUUUUUCCUGCGUUCAAAAUUGCGUGGCGGCCGCCUCCACCUAAUUUUGUGCCGCCCCCAGCCAGAGCGAUUGAUUUCGCUCAACACAGCGUAAAGCUCCAGCUGUGUUGAUUGAGCGUAUGAUGUCCCUCUGCAGCAGCAACGUAUUUUAACUGCAGUUGCAGCGUUGCGCCACUAUAGAGGCGCUAUAUCAACAGCAGUGCACCGGAAAGACCUGAAGCAUCUACCGAAGAAGAAACGGAUCGAAUCAUGUUUUUUCAAGUUUUUUUCCCGCUAGUUGAUGCUAUCGGCGACCUGAUUUUCCCCGGCGGCUGGUACAAACAGGUAAAUACUGCUUGUCUUUUUUGCAUCCAAGCAUGACGUGUUUAUUAAAAAAAAAGUUUCCUCCGUUUUUUUAGCGUUGCAGAUAUGACAGGCAAAAUCAGCCAGUACUUUAAAAAGCGACCUCGCGAGGAGGAAAGUCAAGAGUCCAGGUGAAACACAGCAGAGAAAAAACGUAACAAGCAGUUAAAAUGCUAUAACUCAUGUUGGUGACAACGUGGACAUUUGUGUCAGGUCUGAAAGUACUUCACAAGGGACUGGUGAUCGCGAGGGUCAGAAUGCAGGACAGGACGAGUCGGCGAGGCGAGGGUAAUUAAUUAAUUAGUUUCCAAUUAGGAGCAUAACAACGCAAAACCAACGUGUACGUGGUUUUUAUUCCUCUUUCCAGAUCUUCUCAAAAAAAACACAGAGCCAGUGGCUUUGACAAGCAGUGGCUCAAUCAAUUUACCUGGCUCAGGCAUACUGAGGAAGGCAUGCACUGCUAUUUAUGCCAAAAGCACUGUGCCCCAACACAGCAGGCAAUUGCUGCCUCCUUAGUGAGACAGCCAUCAACCAACUACAGGCUGGACACAUUAAAAAGACAUGAGGUGACAGCCAUUCACAAAGCAGCAGAAGAGAAGGAGAAAUAUAUUAAAGAUGGUAGUACCUAAAAACACUCAACUAAUAAAGUUACAAAAACUAAAAUAACAUAGUUUAGAUAGUUUAAGAAAUAAUUGGUUGUCGUUUUUUUUAGGGAGGACACUGCAACGUAUACUUAUAUAUAAUAUAUGAUUAAAACACUAUCACUCUUCAUGUCUGUAUCAGAAUAAAAACAAAAAUACUUAAUGCAUGAUGAAUUGUUUUGUUUAAGGUGAAGACACCUCUGCGGAACAGACUGAAGGAGAGGCACUUGGAUGUCUGUUGUAAGGUGGCCGUUGAUGGACCAGACCAGGAGGCCUUGGACUACAAGGAGUGCAUGAGGAGGUUCUACAGAAUGAAAAAGAGGAGGCUGAAAUGUUCUGUCUGGUUGUGAGAUGUGUGGAUGAAGUGUACUUUCAAUUUAAAGUUGCCAGCUGAUUUGUGUAUGUAUAUAGUUUUAAUACAUGAAUGCUUUAACAUGAUAAUGGUCACACUCUUUUUUGAACUCUUAACUUAAAGUAUGUUGCCUGUAAAAGAAAGUGAGUCAGUUGAAUUUACAAAUACAUGCACGUCAUGGCGCAUGGUCAGGAUGGUGCCACCUCUGCCUCAAUUUGAGCCAGGAAAAACCCUGUAGACUAUACUGCCCCAUGAAGCAAUAACUCUGUGCUGUUUUGGCUGAUCAGCCUAAAGCCACCGUGAGAACAGCACCCUCUGGUGACAGGCUGCAGUAUAGGUCAUAAAUUCCACCUCCUCCAACAAUCCUUAUGGAGCUGUGGACAUACUUUAGAAAGGUAUUACACUGAAUAUACAUAUUUCUCCCCCCUGCUUGUGAUGUUGACAUGUAGCUAGUGUAAGACUGGUUUGUGCUCAAGUCCUCCUUUUUUCAGUACAGCGCCAUUUUUAAUUAUAAAAAUUUAGCUAUUUUAAUUUUAAGUUAUUAGUUCAUGUUUUCAAUGAUUGACACUUGAUACAGCCUAUGGGUGUACGAAGAUUUCGUAGCUCACCCGGGGGAUAUGCUGAAGAAAGAAGAGGGAGAAUGUGCACCAGCAGAGCAUUUGUUCCAGAUAGAAAAUACUGUCACACAAUUAAACAAAAGUGAAGCCCUAAAAGAUGAAAACAUGUCAGUUUAAAUACUGCACCAAUGUUUUACUUCUACAUUUUAAGUAAGAAGCUGCAAAAUAAGGGGCCAGCUUCAUUGCGUUAUAUAUGCUUUGUAUUAGGUUUAACCGGCUGUAAGCAGAGACCCGUCAGUGUGUAACUGGUGAUAAAAUGACAAAGAAAAUGGCAAAUGGGAAAUAUUUAAUGUACUGGCACUAUGACUUUGUGAUUUGGAUCCUGAAAAGUGUUCGGAGGCAAGAAGUAGGAUGUGUUCAGGCUGGGAGAAUCUGCAGCUUGGUUGUUACAGCAAAUUUCACCAAACGUAGGACUUGAGUUUCAGAUCUAAAAUAAAGAAUAGCAGGAGAUCAUCUUCAGGACAGAUGUGCUUGGAUCCAUAUGCGGUUAGCUUGGAUCCCUCAGCUUGUCAUUUGAAGGAACUCUUAGAGGUCAAAUACAAAUCUAGCUUUGCCUUGAAACCGUCUGUGACAACAUUACAAUACAAGACCUUUAUCUAUACCUAAAAAGAAAACCAUGUAUCAGGAUUGAAAGUAAAUCUCAGGCAGGAGGAUGCAUGGAUGCAGUGAGAAUCUGAUACUGCAGCACACUUGUUGCAGAAAAGUGAAACAAAACAAAGACUUUCAGGGUGGAAAAGGCAUGAGUCUUUCAGAUUUCAGAUGAGUAGCAGAAAUGUCAGAAGCACUGUGAAGAUAGUUUUAUGUUCAGUUUUGUUAUUUUGGCAGAGAGCCGAGAUCCUUCUGUUUAUAAGUACAAGCUAAUUUAAAAGCUGAAUGAUAAGUAGAAAUCAAGAGUUUCCCUGUGAGACCACAGGGAGAUAAAGGUUCUUGGGGCCAAACACUCGAGCCUUAAGGUGGCAGCCUCGACUCAGAGGAUCUGAUGUGAGCAUUGGAGGGCAGAGAGGUUGUUUCUUUAUGCAUGGAUCGUCUUCCUCCUCCUCCUCUUCUCCUCUUUCUCUGGUCUUAGAGGUCAGGGUCAUAUUCAGGGUCAUCCUCCUUGUGUUUUUCCUCUCUGCCUUCAGCUGGAUGAAGGGUCAGCCCAUCAAAGCUGGAUUUACCACUCCAUAAUCUGUGUGUGUGUGGAUUCUUCCACACCCCGGCCUUGCCUCUCUCCACUCUGCAGUCAUGAAUACACAUUAGAGCUACAACGUUGGAGAGGUCGCCGGUUCAAAGCGGUAAUUAUGUUUCCGUAUUUGAACUCUCUCAACCCGUUUGACAUUGGCUCUCAUGUUGUUUCUCAUGCAGCGAGCCGGGCUGCAGAUUCAUGCUGCCAUGCUUACAGCCUAAUCUGUAGAUCUGGGCCUCAGGGCGUCUGUCAGACCUGCAGGCCACUGACAUGCUGUAUCGAUCUGACAGCUCAUAGAUGUCCGAAGGCAAACAUCUACCCUAGCAUGUAACUGGCAAAGCUCCAGCUUAAAUAUGAUCACUGCCAGUUUCUUAUGUAACUUUUUAAUCAACCAGUCUUCAGCAGCAGGACUUUCAAACUCAUUCUUAGAGAAACUUUCAAACUUAAAUCUGACUUUAGAUUGGCUUUACUGGAGAUAAAGGAAAGUAAAACAGGAGGCAGGGAGCUGGGGAAUGGAUAAGCAUUAGCAUAUGUAAGAAAAUGACUGAGCCUCGGUGAUAACAGGCAGCAACCUUUGACACUUGUUUCCGAGCAGAGGAAAGAACCAUGGAGCUCCUUCCUUUCUUGUUUUCUGCACAGGGAUAUGCUCUCACUCCUGCAGAAAAGGGGGAAACAUAUUGUCCCACGCAGAGAGGCGAAUAUCAGACGGAGCGCGUUUGAUCCGUGGAGAUUGUAACAGAGCUCUGAAAAAUCUCCCUGCCGCUCAGCGUCCUUGGCUGUGCUGAAAACUCCGGAUUAAAACAUCCUCCUCUCGCUAAGGUGAUGAGUGGAGGAAGGUGUAAUUGGGCUUUGGAAACCAGAGACACCCUCUCCUGCAGCCUCGCUCUCCCUCCUCCUCCUCGUCCUAUUUCUCAGGGAAGAUAAAAACAAAAUGGAUGGCUGCAAUAGUAAUAAAACAACUGGCUGCAAAGGCAGAAGAUGGGCCUGAGAUGGACGUGAGUGCAAACCAACGGCAGAAUAAGUGAUUCCUGUUGAGUCAAAUCACCUCAGGAUCGUCUUCUUUUGGGCUUCUCAGGGUUUUGCUCAUUACCUUAUCAUUGGGCUCACCCAGAGAAAAAGUAAAAUAUGCUGAUGACUUCUCGGAGGUUGGGGAGUUUUUUGGUAGUCUCAGGAGUUUUGUGCCGAUCGUUUACCACGUGAAGUCAUUACACGCGAGCGGCCCUUUUGUUAUCUUGGCGUGGCAGUCUGUUGUAAAUAGCUCCGAAGUUAUCUGGGCGGCACAGUCACUCGGGAAGGAGUAAUUGGAUAAUUAAUUUAGUCGCGGACAGGUCAAACGGAUUUUUGUCUCGUCUGCCUUUCUGUAGAGCGAGGUCGUGUGGACACAUGAUUGAUGUAUGCCAUCUGAGGUAAUUACAGAGCAACCAUGUGACUGCCAUGUUCAAAAUGAGACACAGAGAGGUGACUCAGGUUGGAACACAAACACUCCGAACAGGUAUGAAGAGCGUACGUGGCUUUGUGAACCAUGAUGAGUGCUGUCGUCCUGUCUGAGAGGAUGCAGAUUCCUGUUUAUUUCAAAGCUCUGCAGAAGACAUUUUUAAACGAAGAUAAACCCAACAGAGCGGCAGAAAGUCUUACACAUUUCUUGUCUAUAAGAAAAUUAUUUUUUCUGCUGUACAUGAAUCCUCGUUUUUCUUUGCAAGUAUAUGUCCCUAUGCAUUAGGCAGUUUCUGUUACCAGCCACACAUAGUGUGUCCUGCUAAAAUAUAAAACUGUAUUGGUUCGUGGUGAGGUGUUUUCUGGGUGAUCAGAAGAGGGCUGUCAUCCUCUCCUCUGUCUUGGCUGCCAUGUUGCAAACUAAAUCAGUUUUUGGUACAGAGGAGAAAAAGGAUCCUUUUCUUCCCACUCUUCUUUGGACUUGUUGGGUAUUGGAGGACCAAGGGGGGACAUUGUUGGGUGAGUCAAGACGGCAGCAUUCUUCAGUUAAAGGAAUAUUGUUUGUGGCGGCGCCCUGACAAGUUGAUCACCAAGUGCAGCGGAGUUUCGCAGCUCAAAGAAGAACAUUUAUGAUUUUUACUUCAUGGAAAUGCAGUCGGACGCUAAGGCAGAAGAGCUACCGCGUCUGCGGUGCAAAAUUAUUAUGAUGAUGAAUAUUACUUCAUGGAAAUGAUCCGCUGCACUUGGUGAUCGAUUCGCCAGGGCUCCCCCACAAACAAGCGGCUGCUGGAAGAGGGUGGGUGAGAUGUGUUUAGUCUCCUUGCUAAACAAAUUAGGCAAAGCUAAAAAGAUGUUUGAUGGCUAGUACUAUGACUGGGACCCUAUAUGUACUCUUGAUGAUGUUAGGUGCUCUUCUGGGCAUUAUUUGUGGCUAUAGAGUUGAUUUUUGGUUGAGGUUUGUGCAUGGAGAUGUAGACCGCUGUGUAUUGCUAUCGUGGUCUUUACUGAAGUUGGUAAAACUAGAGAAGUAAGCUGUCGGCAACAUUCAUCUCUCGAGGGGUUGUCUAACUUAGAGUUACGGUGUGUUUGGCAAUAACUUAAAUUUCCGCUUUAAGGACAGUAAACUUUUCACUCGGAAAUGGCAAGAACAGAGACCAAAAUCUAGAUCAGCAACAAGUCUGUCACAGAGUAACUUUUUCAUGAACAGGUAUAGUAGACACCAGGCUCAAUAAGAUUCUGGAUGCAGCAGUCACUGCUGGAAUCCGUGACAAACCUGUCAAAGUAGUUGGUGAUCACGCUUAUUGGAUGUGAAGGCUAAUGUAGGCUUUGUAUUUGUUAACCUGAGGAUGACAAGACACAAUUGUUUGAAGUGUCAACCAUCAUAUAUAUAUAUAUUUUUUUACUGCAGAUUUAAUCUAUCACCUAAAGAAAAAUAUUGCACUCCUUUGACAAGCUGAGUUAGCGAAGAGGCUAGUGUUGUUGUUGUUGUUGUUGUCACUUGUCCUCAACAAGUGCAUCGAGUCUAACUGAGAUGAGCCGUUCCAGCACAGUUGAGUCCUUGAUGGAAGAGUUGAUUCAUAAGACCAGCUGUAUGGUGUUAUUGUGAUGUGUAUUCUACAUAAGGAGAAAAAAAAAUGACACAAACCUAAUGCAAACUCCUGUUAAUCUGAUUUUCCUCAAAAAGAUCUCAGAGAUUAAUAGUUAAAAUUGUAACUCCUCCGACAUCUUACAAUGCAUGUUAUCUGCAUGCUGCUGUUUUGAUUCUCUCUGUAUGUCUGGAUUUGUCCCUCCCUCACUUUAUUAGUUGAAUAAUAAAACCGGACCGCACAGGAGGUCUUGAUGCUCCCCUGCACUUUGUGGCGUGGCUUCAAAGAGGCCUCAUUAAAGUGAUUAUUCUGAUUAGUCUGUGAAUAUAUCCUGCAGUCAAAAGCUCUAAUCAUCACACGCUGCUACAUCCAGCCCUGAUUGGCAUCUCAGUUUACACAGAAAUAAUACCUGCAUCCACAUUGGAUUUGGAAAAUUUGCCAAACAGGCUGGUCAUUAAAUCCCCCUAUUGAAAGAGACAAUGGAGAGGAUCAAACAGAGCUGUCUCACCUCAUGUAAGUCAUGUUGUUGAAGUGAUUUCAUGCUGGGAGGAAAAGCAAAAAGCUCAUCCUGCAGGGGUGGAAAAGUUUCCUAAACACAAGUUUUUAGACAGUUUUUAGAGAAUGACAAAAAGUUGUAACGCUAAUUCAUUCAAUAUGUUUCAUUAAUCACAUUUUGUUUUGUUGGUGAAAUGUCCCGGGGAUUAUAAGUGACAAAGAGAUUGGUGAUGGUUUGCCACAGCAAAGUAGUGCAGAGGCACGUGGUUUUUUGCAAGAAAGUCAUUGGCAUGUGAUGACCAUAGACUGUAUUUAGAAUAGACAUCAUCUGCCACCUUGCUCGAUGAAGUCUGUACAUAAAUAGCACCCUCGGGUGACGGGCUGCAGUAUAGGUCCCGCCUCUUCGAGCAAACUUUAUGGAGUUGUGGACAAACUUUAGAAAUUAAUUACACAGAAUAUAAAAUUUUAAAUUUGGAGGGGAGGGAUCCAGGGUCCAAGGCAUGAGGAGAGCAUCCAAGGAAAGGUGAAGGCAGGGGCUUGAGGAGGAGGCUGGUGAGUGGAUCCAGGGAGAGAGUGUGGCAGCAUGGCAGAGAUUGGGCGAUGGCACUGGAAGAGAUGAGGGAAAACUAGAGAACUGGCCUAGAUACCACAUCAGAUGCAGGAAUAAUCUGGCACUGAAGAGGCAUCACAGCAUGGUUUAAGUGCAGGGUUUGUAGAAAUUUAGUGCAGGUGUGAAGGUGCAGGUAGAGCCUCCCAAUCUCUGUAAAGAGGGAACACACACACACAGAAGUUCAAACAAGGGUCCACACUAGGCCUGGACGAUAUAGAAAAAAAGCAUAUCGAUAAAAAAUAAAUCAUAUUGAUCGAUAUCGAUAAUUAUCAAUAUAAUUGUUAUAAUUAUUUAACAUAUAUUUUAAUUGCAGCCCUGGAUGUUUUAUGCUAUUGCUUAAUGACCUACUUUUAAUAAAGAACACACAAGCACUGAAUUCAAAUUCAAACCUUUAUUCAACCACCUUUUUUAUUUUACCACAACUGAAAGUUUUUUAAAAAAGAACUUCAAAAAAAAAAAGAAAUCAACUUAAGUGGCCUGAGUGACGUCAGUAAAUACUGACAAACAUAAAGACUAAAGUGACCAGAAAAUCUGAUAAAUAAAUAUUUAAAUAGUCUUUUGAUGAAAAUAAACAAAUAUAUAAAUAAACAGAAUAGCUUUAGGUGGGAAUAGCAUACUACCAGUUUUAACUGUGUGGGAAACUGCCCACAGCCUGGUGUCUGAACACUGAAAUAUUUCUCCCGGGGUCGGGAGAUUUAUUUUUUUAAUUAUCAUGUGAUUGACUUAAUACACAAACUAAGCACGAAAAGCAGGACUUAUCCACGCCGGUGUUGUGUCGUAGAAUGCACCCCUGCCGAAUGCACCCCCUGCUAGAAGCCAUGAUCCAAAUACUCGCGUCUUUGUAAAAUAUGAGCUCAUUUUCUUCCACUUUAAGAAGCUACACCGGAACGUAUUUCCUCCGCACCCUUCUCACCUUUUCAACCCCUGACCCAUUUUCAUGCCUGAAGCGCUGUGUUUGAGAAAUACUUGCGGCCGGGCACUUCAUAUCGCGGGUCGAGAGUGGCUAGAAGCUGGUCGAAGCCAGGCUUUUCAACGGUAGUUAUUGGCAGCAUGUCACUGCAUGGGUGAUGUCCUUAUGCCGCUCGGACGCUUUGUCGUAUUUUGGCAAGAAACGAAGUCCAGUUUGGUCUGCUUCACAUGCUUAGUGCUGGUGCUGGCAGCGGUUCCAGAGGAUUCCUCCGACGAUGACGUGGAGCCGCGGCGCGGCCGACACAGCUCGUACUCCUGCGGGUGCGAUCGGUUUAGAUGGUAAAACAAGUUGGUUGUGUUACCAGACUUCGUUUUUACUAAUUCUCUGCAAAUUUUGCAAACGACCGCUGUUCGCUUUUUGUCAGACCUCUAAAAACCAAAACAUUGCCAUGCUGGUGAACUACUGAAACCUUUUUUCGGGACAAUGUCCUCCGCUUCUCCUUGCUGUAUCAUUUUUUCUAAUACACGUGCUGUCUAUUGUGGUUUGAUAGGGGCUGGGCUUGGUGCCGUAGCGUACCUGGGUCUGCGUUUGUGAUUGGUUGGGAGGAAGUAAUGACUGUAGUAAAAGCUACAUGAUAGGCUAUGAUGAAAAAGAAAGGGAAACUGUGUUUUCUAUCGAACUUUUAUCGACCCGUUUUUUUUCUAUCGCACCACACGUCUAUCGAUCGAUAUAUAUUGUUAUCGAAUUAUCGUCCAGCACUAGUCCACACAAAACCGAAAGGGUGCAAUCACCACAUUUUUCAUGGUUUUAUUUUAGCAUGUCCUUGUUUAGAUAAGGAAAGAAAAAAAAGAAGAGGCCCACUAACCUUCUUAAAACACACACACACACACACACACACACACACACACACACACACACACACACACACACACACACACAGAGGUUUAUAGGGCCAAAAACAAGUGUGUGUCUGUGCUGAGAUGGAGGAAAAUGACCCUCCAUCAGAGAGCAGCCUUGAUGAGAGCUGCGGUUCUGAGGCUUUUAGUGUGUGUUGGUCAGGCGAGGGGGAUGGAGGAGGAUGGAGUGAGUAGAGGUGAGCACAGGUACGAUGAGCUGUGCACGGCUGAUGCUUAGGGCUUUUAAUCUCCAUCAAGGCUGCAUAAUGCCACAUUUCAGAUCUGAUUUGAUUUGACGUCUCUCGCCUGGGCCUUAAUCACCCACCCACAGCCGCCACCCGCCACGAGUGCUGACAUUACUCCUCUCUCCCUCCUCACCCUCCUGAUCUCCACAGCUGCAGCUCGUCAAAGCAGGAACAGUUUUCUGUAGAAAACCUUGGAUUUACUUUGAAAUGUGCUACAAACCUGAGAGUUGCAUCUAUUUUAAACUUAUUUCAGAAUUUGAAAAAUAUGCAAUGAUGACAGUAAAAACGCAUGAACAGCAAAGGAACUGAUUAAAACUGUAACGCAUGAAUUUAUCAGUAACUAUUUUUUAAAUUAUUAUUUUUAAUAUUUAUGUGUCUAGGUAUAAAUAAGUGCACAAGUUUGCAGGAAUGAGUGAAUGAUAUAGUAUUAGCAGUAACUACCUUUGUAUUGCACUUUCCCAAACAAUCACACUGAUAUUUUCAAAAAAAUAAUAAUGUUUAAAGAAUUGAUUUUAUGGUCUCUGGGUAUGACCAGAAACCCCCUUUCAGCUGAUCUGUUAAGGCUCUAAAGUUUCAAAACCAAUACAAAGAUUUGCUGGAAGAUGAUGCAAAAAGACCAGGAAACAUUACACAUCUUUAAAAUGGGGCCCUAAAACUGCGUACUCGCGUUCCAAUCAAAGUUUGUCAUCUAUAAAAAACACUUGUAACGGGAAAAUGUGCGUACAGGGAAGCAAACUAUGACCCAUGUGUACAUACAGUUUGGAGGCUGGAGAUUUGGUGACAUGGUGAAAAGUCAGAUUAAAGUCACGUUAUCACUUUUCAAAGUCCUUUCCACAUGUAAUGCCAUCAAUUGUUAUAAAAACAGACUCCCACCAACAUAAUUAUUAUCAGUACAUGUGACAUUCUGCUCAUGAGCAGGGUGUUGAAAUAAAAGAGUGAGAAAUAUGCAUUUUUUUCAGACUCUAUAGUUCCUCUCUGAUUCAUCUUUAAUAGCUUUACAUGAUUUUCAGAUCAAAAAAAGCCUCAAGUAUCUCACAGUGGUGUGUCAAAAUAUCAUUAUUUCAGCCUCCAUCUGAAACGCUUCGUUUUAGCUGCUGUCUCUUGAAGCCAGGCGCAGGGUGAGCUGACUGUGAUAAAACCAUCUCAUUAAACUUAAUUCACUGAAAAAACUUUUGUUAGGUAAUAUGAUAGAGAGUUAAAGGAGAUCUCUGACUGACAUGAGUGUGGUGCUGUGAUGUGAAAAGAUCAGUGUGGAUCCUGUUACAAUCAUUUCAGUGACACUUAAAUGAUAAAGGAUGUUUGCACUGACACUGCAAAAGGAUUAAUGAGUGCUGCCGCAACAUGGGGUCAGUAUGUGAUAUUUUAAAACUUUAUUUUAGGUUGUUUUUUAGUUUAGUUGUGAUCAAUUUUUUGGGUUGGGCGGCAGCCUUUAAAACAAAAGAGAGAGAGAGAAGGUCAAGUAACAGCAAUGCUAAUGUGUGUUCACUGCACCUUGUAAAUAGUGCAAAUAAUAAAAAAAAAAACUGAGGUAAGAUAUGACCGUUAAUAGUUGGUUACCUCAAUCCUUUGUUAGAGAAGAAUGAUAUGAAGCACAUUAUAGUAUAGCACCUUGUGACAAAACACAGAAGAUCUUCUUGUAAAUGACCUGAUAACAAGGAGCUGAGCAUUAUUGACGAGUAUUGACAAUGUACAGGUCAGACAGAAAAAAAAGACCCGUUUCACUCUGCACACUGAAUCCUGUCCUUGUUAACAGUCAAAACCAGAGAUUAAGCACACAACAACACAUGGGAUCGAAGCCUGAGAGAAUGAGAAGUGCGAAGAGGAAGAGAAGGAUGAGGAGAAGGAGGAGGAGGAGGUGCAUGUCCUUGGGAGAAUAAACACAAUGUCUACAUCUAAAGAAGCGAUACUGCUGCUGUAGGGAGGGGAGAGAAUAAAGAAAACACUUCUCAGCUGUUUAGAGAUUUAUAGAGUGUGAGAGAGAGAGAGUGAACAUAUACAAUUUACUCCUACAAGCUAAUGUACCUUGGUUUAGUUUUGCUAAGUUGCUAAGCUUUUGUAACUGAUGUAGGCUACUGCAUGCUCAGCCAGUGACCUCUGGCCAACCAUGAGGUUAAAUCAUUACCAUGAAUCACUGGAAUACACUUUGUUUGGGAGAGAGGAGAGUCAUCUGACGACUUUGACUUAUCUUCCAGUAAAUAUGAUCAACCAGCAUGACUGGACAAAGAAGAAAUUUUGAGGGAUUUAACGUCUACAUUCUCUCAUGAAGCUCACCGAGACAUGGUAUGCAGAUGAAUUGAGGAUGUAAAAUACCUGUGGUGAACCAAGUGAAGUAACUGAUUUCUUUGUACGAAAUGAUCUCUCUCUCCUGUGUGUUUCAGUUAUAAGAGAAAACUCCUGUGAAUGUCCAGACAAUGGAUGUUAGUCCACACCCACUUCCCUCCCUCCAAAUGAUUGUGGAAUGGAGCCUGGUGCUGGUCUUUGUACUGGUAAGAACUCUAAACACUUAGCUGACCAAGACGGUCUGUAAACCCAUUUUUAUUUUCAUAAAGAAAAGUACCUCUGUUUAAAUCAAACUACAACCCUCUCAGUCCAUGACUUUAUCUAGGUACUGUAUGUGUUUUUUAAAAUGUUUUUCUGAAUGUUAACAUCUUAAUUAUUGUAGAGUAGGACAGUCACGAAAAGGAUGAAUCAGGUUCACAUGUUUGUAUACUUUGUUGGAAAUAAGGAUUUGGCCGCGAUUGAGUUUGGCACAGUCUGAAUAAUCACCCAGAUUGUUACAAGUUACUCAGUAUGAAAAUAGGCCUCCAACAAGUAAAUGAUGAGAUACUUGCAGAUUAUGGUUUUACCACUUUACCUAAGGAGAAAAGCAGCUGUCUGCUCAAGAAGUGGAAAUAUUAAAAUACAUAAAGACAGAAUAAUAGGUAGAUGGAAAACUUCAAAUUUAUGAUGAGUGUUAUUCCACUCUCACAGGUGGAACUGUCAGAUGACAUUGUAAUUGUGUGUGAAGCAUUAACAAACCUUUGCAAAUGUAUAGUGCUGAGAAAAUAAACUGUGUAUACUUUGAUAAAAUAUUCCAGAGUCAGAGAUGCAUUAAAAGGUUUUUAUUAGUCUUGUUUAAGUACAUUCGCAGUGACAUGAAAAAAUAACUAAUAAAUAAAAACAUCUCGACAAUAACAAAAACAUCCUUUUCUUUUUUAUUACAAGAACAGUUACAAUCAAUGUGUUUCAAAGCACAUUGUUCUUAGCUUUUUGUUUUACACUGCUCACAAUACCAUUCUUUAACCUGUCUUUUUAUUUUCUCACAUUUGCAGUGAAAAUGCUUAUUGCUCUCUGCACAUGUGGUGAUCUUUCCAAACUCUGACCUUUCACGGUGCGAGCAGACUGUAGGUGCUUGCUGUUUCGGGUCCAUGCUGUGUGUUCAGAGCUCAGGCAGAAUACUAUGUCUCAAGAACUGUUCACACUGUGUACAGCAUUUCUUUAUCUCUGGCUGCAGCAUUAACCUCAAGCUGAGAGAGGAAAGAACAUUGGUAUUAAUUUCAGGUAAUGGUGAUAAAGCUAGAUAUGCAUGUGUUUACAAUGAUGACAGUGACUGAAGACAAGGUUACAAAGCAAUGGAAAGCAGGCUGAAAAAAAACCUGAAACAUUGUGGCAUUCUAAAUGACAUGCCCAGCAAGGUGCAGUUCGUGGUCAGGAUGCAGUUGUUUUCCUUGUUCACAAUGACUUAGACUUAAUACAUCUCUGUCCUCUUCCCUGUCGUUGACGAGGCAGUACCUCAGUCUUCAGAGCCACAAAGUUUUUAAUGUUGUAAUCGUGUAAUAUAGUAUGUCUUGUACAUGAUUGUCUGCUGCCAGAGUUGGGAAGUAAUACGUUUUUAAUAACGCUGUUACUUUGUUCAGUAACAGAUAACGUGUCACGUUGUUUUUUUUUUUCAGAUUCAGUGACCCCGUUUCUGUUUCCAAAUGCUGUGUUAAUCUGUUCCUUAUGGUGAGGUUUUACAAUGGCACACAGUUCCCAAAACAUUUUAGCGAUCAAUAAGGUUUAAUUGAAUUGGAAAACGCACGCACCCUGACAGGUCAGGGCACGGCAUGAUGGCGAGGGAGAAGGGGAAGAUAAGUUUCUCCUCAUGGAGAUACUCACAUUAUUUUGAACUCUAGAGCAAAGGGAAAAACAACAUUUCAGUAACAUUUAAAUAGUGUUCUGGGUCAAAAAUCCUUUAUACCGUGAACAAUAGCAACAGCAAUCUACUGAAACACCUAGAGAAGCGACAUUCUUCAAGAAAGUUAUCAGCUAAGGAAGCUAACGCAGCAUUCAAGACCAAGAGUCACAGCAGUGAGCACACGCCCACUCCACCCAAGCAGCAGCAGUUGGAGUUCAAAAGACAGACCCAUAUGCAGGCACAACUUGAUAAAACAAUAGCACGAUAUGUUUAAUUGUUUAUUUGGAUCUUUUUUAGCUAUUAUUCCAAGAGUCCAACGGUAAAAUGUUGGUGUCAGUGUCAAGGUUUGUGUUGGUGCACAACGGAUCAUAUUGCUUGAUCAUAUGAUUGGAUUCAGUGAUGUGGAUGCAAAUGAACUGAGACAGUUGUUUUAACCAACAGUUUGUUUUAUUCAGCAUCAGUACAGAACUGAAAUGAUGGCUAGAGGGGAACACAAUCAAUCCACCUUUAUGUAAUGGGAGCAUUGGAAGAACAAAUUACAGUAACUAAAUCGUCACUUUAUCAGUAACGCAUUACUUUUUGGUUUACUUUUUUUUACACGACACUGAUACACAGCUGCAGGAAUCCAGUGUCUUGUAGGAUUUCAGGCUCUCCUGGGAAUAGAGACCUUGUGUCUCGGUCAGGUAAGAAUGGAUGUCCAGCCACUGAAGUCUGGGCCAUUUUUCUCAUCAUUCAUCUAUUCACCAGCAUCUAAAGCAUAUGGGUAAUUAAGAUAUUUCCCAGUCACUAAUGUUAAUUUAGCCGUUUAACUUGUUAUCACUGAUAAACUGUUGUAAUACCCUGACAACAUGGCUAGCUAACAUUGCAACUGCAAGAUAGCCAAGAACAAUCAGGGAUGGCUUUUUCUGCAGGUUGUGCACGCACAUCCGCUGUGCUGAUAAACAAAUAAUCCCCCAUUAGUAAAGGUUGCACAAUGGUCUGAUUGGUGACCUUAACAUCAAUUAAAUCUUCAACUAAUAUGAGCAGAGGGGAAACCUGCGUCCUCUAUGAUUAACCUAUAGAUUUCACAGCCUGUUGAGUUAGUUCCUCUGCUUUAUACUUCAAGCUGCACCCUCCUUACAUGACCUGCACAUCUGCCUGGUUCAACUCUCAAAGAGAAAGGCUCCUCCAUUCCUCCUCAUGACAUCUUUAAGGAUCUCUGAGGCCUGUUCGCUGUUUUAUCUGCUCAGUCACACAGAGAUCUGUACCCAAAUGUUGAAAAGAAAAACCAGAAUAUCUCUUAUAUCUAAGUCAUGUCUUGUGUGCUCAGAAUCUACAUUUUUAAUCUGUAAAUACAGAUUAUUUUUUAAAUAAUCCAGCAUGGUUGUACGCACAUGGCUCACCGUGUCUGCUUUGUGUCUAGAGACAAACAGCAGAAGUCUUUCUGUGGAGCCCUGAAGCCUGAGUGACACAUUUAUGUGCAAAUGCAGUGUGAGAGAAUUUCCCCCGUGAUUUUAUUCAUUGAAAAGUGAAUCCUCGGAGGUUUGUGGCGGCUCUCGACCCUCUGAGUUAUUCAUAGGCCCUUUAGAAAGCUUGGCACUAUCAAAAAACAGUUUGUUCAUGAUGUGCAGAAACAUUAGACGUGGCCACCUUCAUCCUUUCCUGCCUCUCCCUCCGCUUUAGGGGCUGUCGAUAAGCGACCACAUGAAGCAAUUAAUGUGAAUAGUUUAACCUUUCAUUUUCGCUUCCUAGAGAAAUCACUGUGACUCCAUAACCCGGGUCAUCAAUAAAGACUCAGCUCAUAAGCCGUUUCUCAAAGGUUAAUAAGUGUAACCCUCUUUUCUGCACCCUCCCUGCUGAAAUCAUGAGCCCAUCAGAUCGCUCCUUCCUCCAUCUCCUUCUAUUUGUGUUUUCAUUAAACACGUGUCUUUUAUAAGCCCACCGCUGCUCGUACAAAUUGAUCAGUUAGCCCAGACGUCAGGCAGGGAGAGUCUGACUGGAUCAAAUAUUUUCUCUUUAAUGAGGCUGCAGGGGGCUCAGAGGACGGCUGACAAUCACUCAUGUCCUCUGGUCUGUUUGUUAACUGUCUUUUUUACCAGUUACUUCCUCUGUUGACUGACAGCAGGACAUUUUUAUGACAUAUUUUUGACCAAGCAGCACUUUGGGGUAAAGAGACCGGGGGUACCAAACUCACAAAUAAGCCAAGACAUAAACUGUGGAAUCCAAAGCCAGUUUCAGGUCAGGUUAUAUUUGAUUCCUACAAUUUGGCUACUAAGCAGUAUCACAGCUUAAAUUCUGCUAGAUAUAUCUGCAACUUAUUAGAUUUUUUUCUUUUAGUCACUAGCAAAGCAGGAGAAAGCCUGCUUAAAAGAAUAAGAGUAAUUUCAGCAUGAAAGGGAUAUUCUGGCAUAAAUUUAAGUUAUGGUCAAACACACCGUAUCACCAAGUUAGACACCCCCUCGAGAGGUGAAUGUUGCCGACUGCUUGCUUCUCUAGUUAUACCAACUUUCGUAAUGACCGCACCAUAGCAAUACACAGCGGUCUGAGGGGCCAUAAACAAACCUCAACCAAAAAGCCACUUUAUAGCCACCAGUAAUGCUCAGAACAGCACCUAACUUCAUCAACAGUACUUAAAGGGUCCCAGCCAUAGCACUAGCCACCAAACAUCUUUUUAGCUUUGCCUGGUGUCUUACGCAAAGAGACAAAACACAACUCACCCACUCUCCUCCAGCAGCCGCUUGUUUGUGGGGGACCCUAAAGAGUCGAUCAUCGAGUGCAGUGGGUCAUUUCUAUGAAGUGCAGCAGAGUUUCUCAGCUCAAGGAAGAACAUUAUGCUUAUUACUUCAUGGAAAUGCAAUCAGACCGAGACACUAAGGCAGAAGAACUACCGGUUCUGCAAUGCAAAAUGAUUAUUACGAUGAUUAUCAGUUAAUGGAAAUGGUCCGCUGCACUCGGUGAUCGUCUCGUCAGGGCUUCCCCACAAACAAGCGGGUGCUGUAGGGGAGUGGGUGAGUUGUGUUAAGUCUCUUUGCUAAAAAAAAUCAGGCCAAGCUAAAAAGAUGUUUGGUGGCUAGUACUAUGGCUGGGACCCUAUCUGUUCUGUUGAUGAAGUUAGGUGCUGUUCUGAGCAUUAUUUGUGGCUAUAGUGUGGCGGUUUCGUUGAGGUUUUGUGUAUGGCUCCUCAGACCACUUACUAUCGUGAGGUCAUUACUAAAGUUGGUAUAACUAGAGAAGCAAGCGGUUGGCAACAUUCAUCUCUCGAAGGGGUGUCUAACUCGGCGUUACGGUGUGUUUGACCAUAACUUAAAUUUACGCCGGAAUAUCCCUUUAAAUCGAAUUUGGGGACGAAAAUCAAAAAUCUGAUUGUCAAAGGAUCCCUUCACAUACCUGCAAAUUACAUUUUUGCAAGUUGCAGGCUGCAAGAAUUUAACCUGGCUUUUUAAACUCAUACAACCCUGGAUUUGUGCAUGUGACAAACACUGUGUUCCUACAUACGUUAACAAGGUUUGCGUCUAAAAAAAUGAGGUUUUGCAAGGUUUCCAUUAUUCGAUGUGAUGUUCCAAACUGCUGCCUGUGAGUUUGUCUCAUUAAAGCUCUGAUAACUUAAUGACAAAACUUCCUCUCUGAAGUUUGUUCUGGUGUUUGUCUGUGUAAUCAGACCAGGUUAUUUUGUGUUUUGUUUCUGUGUUGAUGGAAACAACGCAGCUCAACAUCCACCUGUUGGAGCAAAUUAGGCCUCUCUCAUAGUAAUAAUGCUGCGUCUUGGUGAGGUAUCUUGGUGCUUUGGGUGGGGGUAAUUUAUGGCCCCCACAGAGGAGCAAACAGUAACAUGUAGGCAAAGGAGGCAGCUGAUCAUUAUUCAUCUCUCUGCUCCUUCUCAAACUCGUCCCCACAGAUUGCUGAUACAGAUACAGCCGGCUUCGUUUUGCUGAGCUUUCAACUUAAGUGGAGCAAAGCAGAAAGAUUAAUACUGUGAAAACAAAGAUUUCUCCUCUUUUUUUAAAUUAAAUGACAAGAUGCAAUUUUCCACCCUGCUGGCUUGGAGCUGCAGCGGCGAGGGAGGAGGAGGCAGACGGCGGGGCAAAAGAGGAUGUGGGGGGCGUUUUGAGAGAUUUCACUUUUCCCUCAGCGUCGUCUGGCAGGGGAUGGCAGCGCUCCAUAUGAACAGUCAGCAUGCACCAUCUGAUAAGCUGCCAUCAUAAGAAACGCCAUGCUGAAUGCAGAAUAUGAAAGAAAGAACAAAAAAAAAACUGCUCGAGUAUUAUGUUGACAUAGAUUUGAUUCAUGCCUGGAAAAAGAUUUUGCAUGUUACUUUUCCUAUGUAACAGCACAAUGCAGCUCACCGAUAUGUGGGUCACCUUGCAUCUUUAUAGGAUUCUCACCGGCGAGCAUCCACCCUCAUCCUCUUCCAGAGGCUCCUGCAGUGAUUCAGAGGGGUCGGGGUGUCUGACUCUGGGUCAUGUUUGCUGUCUUUGUGGACUCAUAAAGAGAAAACCGUAAUGAGACCGUUUCUUUGCAGCUCAGUGUAGGUGAGGGUAUGUGGAAAUGUAUGACUUCAACCAGAGGGCUGAAAUAAGCUUUCUGAGGGAGGUGAAGUAGGAAAAGGACUGAUGGAGCCAGUAAGCUUUCUGAGGAUCUCUCUCGUAAAUGGUGAAUUUCAACCAAGAGGUCCCAAAAGAAGAAAUAUUUGCUGAGAUCUAGUGUUUUAAAUAACUAACAUUUCUCCCCUGCAAAAGUUACUGUCAGCUCAAAUAAACAGCAAUGCAAGGUACUUCUUUAACCAAAUAACUGUUUUGGACACAACUCCAAAAUAAAAGUGUUGUGUAAAAAUGGGGGGGUUGUACAAAAGUUGUACCUCUAUAUAUCCAGAUGCUUUAAAAAGCAUGAACACAGCUGGAACAGAGCUAAUGCAGGAAAAAAAAGUAAGAUGCACUGCUCACUGUUAGUACAGUCUUGUCGGAAACAAAGCCAAAGCGAAAACAAAGCCUCUACAGCUUCAUAAACACCUGUCUGCUCCCUGUGGGAAGUGACAGGGUGGGGUUCAGCCUGCUGUGGAAAAAAAGCAAGAUCAGAGUUUACCGUACCAGGUUAUACCAAUCUGUACUGAACUAGAUCUUCCACACUGAACUGUGAAAACGCCCAAAAAGACAAAGAUUUGCGAAAAUUUAUACUAUCAUUUUCUAGCAAUCUUGUAAUGUAUAUAUAUAUAUAUAUAUAUAUAUAUAUAUAUAUAUAUAUAUAUUAUUUUUUUUUUUGUUAAAAAAUAAUUUCUGAAUAUUGAAUCUGGUAAAUGCAAAACAAACACUGGAAUUGUGGGUAUGGCAAACAGCCCGCACUGUGAGUUGUGAUCAUUGUGUUCAUUUGAUAUCUUUUUAUGAAUUACCCACAAUUUUACUCAGUCCAACAAAUGUUGGUACAAACAGAAUGAUUUCUGUUUCACAGCAUGCUCAGCUGUCCUUAGGGGCCCAUGUGGUCCUCUUAGCGGAUAAGGAAGAGUACAGUAAGUCUUGAUUUACCUCACACCUCAGACAAAUCUGACAAGAUUAACUUCAGGGCCAUCAGAAAAUCCGGACCGUGCUGACUUUUGUCUGAAGGAGGGCAACAGAGUAUACCUUCCUUUAUUCUGACAACAUACUCACCCCUAUUUGUAAUCUCAAGAAUCUAAUAUUUCACAGUAAUGUGAGAGUGAUACCUUUGUAUAAUACAGGCCACUGAAAACAGACACCAGCAAGGACACAUUCUUUUAGUACUAACAUGGGUUUGCACCAACUUUACUCAAAUCUUUCCACAAUUUAUGUCCAGUUAGUUUGCAAGAAAUGAAACAAAAAGAAUGGAGAAAGAGAGGGCAAGAUAUGAAAAACUGCAGGUCACAAGAGAGAACUUUACAGAUUUAAACACAGGACAAAAUCACGACGAUGUCUCACUUUGCCAACCAAAUUAUUACAUCUAAACAAAUUAUUGGAACCACUGUGAGACUUUCAAGAUGACUUCUGCCACGUCUGAGAACUAUUUCUUUGAUCUCUUAAAUAAAUAAAUAAAACCACAUUCAAGUUCGUUUUUGUGCCAGUACACUGGACAACAGUGACAAACAGGUCUAGAUUCCAGCUUACAUUGUCACAAACUUUUUGUCCUCAUAUCAUUCUAGGUGAAUAACUAUCUCAAAAAUUUCAAACACCAGUGUGAUCUUUUGAGGCAUGUUGCAGAUAUGAAAAUAUUGUCAUGCCUUUAGUUUGUACACUUUCUCUAGUCUUACCUUUUUCCCCCUCCUCCUCUUCAUCCUAACUGAGUCACAGAGAUGGGGGGAAAUUGGUCCCUCAGAGGCCAGCGUGGCCUCAUUACUGAAGAAAACUCUCACAAACACUCGCUCCAUCACAGCCCUGAACUAACCUCCACAUUUAUUCUGUGCUCCCAGAGCUGCAGCCAGAUCUGUCUCAGGUUUGUUCCCAUUACUGGACACCUAAUAUCUCCCUCUGUCGUCCCGUCUGCACGCCUGAUGUCCUCUCCAGACGAAGAGUGUGACGAUGAAAGCUCAAUAUCAGAGCGGCUGGGAGCAGGAGAUACCAGAAACUCGCUGACACUCUGACAGAAACAAACUUUAUCUUUCUUAUACUUCCUCUGGGGUUAUCUCAGCUGUGUCUCUGGACCUCACUCGACCUCACGUCCUUACAGAUCACAGUGUGUGAGCUGACGACUGCCUGCAACAGAGUUUAGCAAAAAGUUGCGACGACAAGAGGAAUGAAGCUUUUACAGUAUUUAUAAGGGGUUUUAGUUGGUAAUUAGACUUAUGAGAGAGUCUAAGAAAGCAUUAUUGUUUUUUUUAAAUGUACCUACAAAUUGGGCCUGAUUCACGUUUUGUUUACAAUUAAAUAUGUGCACAGAGAACCGUAUGAAAGUGUGCUUAUUGGUUACAACACUUCUUCAAUCUGAAUAAGGUUACUCUGUUAAAAUAUGGCUAUCAAGUAUAUACAUUUAAAGUAUCUUCACUGGUUUCGUAUUAUAUAUGGUUAGAUCGAUUAUUUAUCAGACAAAAUUGGGGACCCUACAUGUCCUGUUCAAGAAGUUAGGUGCUGUUCUGAGCAUUAUUUGUGGCUAUAGAGUGGCUUUUUGGUUGAGUUUUGAGUGUGGAGAUGUCUAGGACAUGUAGGGUCCCAGCCAUAGCACUUGCCAUCAAACAUCUUUUUGUCUCUUUAGCAAAGAGACCAAACACAACUCACCCGCUCUCCUCCAACAGCCGCUUGUCUGUGGGGAAGCCCUGACGAACUGAUCACUGAGUGCAACGGACCAUUUCCAUAAAGUAAUAAUCAUCAUAAUACUCAAUUUGCACUUCAGAGUGCGGCAGUUCUUCUGCCUAAGCUUCUUGGUCUGAUUGCAUUUCCAUGAAAUAAUAAUCAUAAAUAUUCUUCCUUGAGCUGUCAAACAUUGCUGCACUCGGUGAUAGACUCGUCAGGGCUCCCCCACAAAAAAGCGGCUGCUGGAGGAGAGCAGAUGAGUUGUAUUUAGUCUCUUUGCUAUAAAACCAGGCAAAGCUAAAAAGAUGUUUGAUGGCUAGUACUAUGGCUAUUUGUGACUAUAGAGUGGCUUAAUGGUUGAGGUUUGCACAUGGAGAUGUAGACCGUUGUGUAUUGCUAUUAUUUGACCGUUACUGAAGUUGGUAUAACUACAGAAGCAAGUAGUCAGCCACAUCCAUCUCUCAAGGGGGUGUCUAACUCGGUGUUACAAUUACACCGGAAUAUCCCUUUAAUUGAUCGACAGCGAAAUGCAACGAAAUCUACAAUUUGUUGUAUGCAACUUAGUACUCUUCAUACGAAAUCCAGGUAAGUUAGACUUUGCAUGCAUUAAAAAUGUUUCUUGUAGUUAACUCCUGCAGGGAUCUAUCCCUGUCCCUGACAGAGUCCUGUGAGGGCCUGAACACUAUAAAAAGUUAAUAACACCGUCAUCACUUUGCAAGGAUGCUGUAUUAAAAUUUUAGUGAAAAACUAAUGUAAUACCCUGUGCAGGAAAAUACUUUACUGAUUUAUUCUGUAACAAGGAUGUGUUAACAGAAUUCUGACAAAUAAAAUAGCACAAAGUGUCCUUUAACACACUUUAUAUUACAGCCAGAGUGAAACAUAACAGCUCCGCUCGGCUGCUUUUACGGCCACAUAGGAAUGAUUAUUCAUUUCAGAGCAGGGCUUAGUAAUGUGCGUGCGUGCGUUGUGGUAGAAAACCAUAACACUUUCCCUCCAGACUCCAUAAAACACACACAGGAGCUGCAGGAGAGCUUUUUUUACAGCGAGCAUCCCCAAUUGAAGCUUGUAAUAGUGCUGCUUCCUUCAACAGGUCCUCCGCCUCAGCCUCGCUCGAUAAAAACAUGAUGAGGACAUUUCAGCUCCAGACAUUCCUAGACCGGACACACACACACCAUCACUGCUACCUCUGCCCGACCUCUCUGUACAAACCCUUCCUUCCUCCCUUUCUUUUGGCUGCUCUAUCCCUAACCCCUCUCUGCCCUUCCUCCCCUGUCUUACCUCCUGGGAAGGUGUCCAAACAUCAAAACGCCCCGCCUCCGUCUAUUUCAGGACAAUCAGCAAACGGGGGCUAAUUGGGUGGUGGUGCAGGUUCCCCUCCAGCCCACACUGCCUUUCUGACAGGAAAAGAGCAUCAAUAAAAGAAGAGAUGAGUGACAGACGGGUAGCCUGCAGCAGAGAAAGGGCAAUGAGAGGCAGGAAUAGAGAGUAAUGACAUGCAUAUCAAUGCUGCCCCUGCAAGGUAAACAAUAACUCUUAAUUAGCAGGCCAACUUUUAAUUAAGAUGACGGCUGAGUAAUUAUUGCCCCUGACAGGGAUGAUUGAGCCGGGAAGUCCAUGUUCUGAUUAGGCCGCUCAUCUGGAUGCUCCCCGUCCUGCAGGGAGGCAGUAAUGACGCGACCUCUUGUUGUCAGAGGACAGCUGGGUGUCUCAGGGAGGGAGCCUUCAGAUGCUCUUAGGUCGUCUUUUUCCUCACACGGCUGAGAGCACUCCAGAAUAAAAAACUUCACACAGAUAUCAGCCAGAACAUAGAGGGUCAGGAGGUCAGAAAGAUAAACUCUGCAAACUCCUCAGGUGGCCUUUUUCUCCCUGUUGUGUGCAGAUGGAGUGGAGCUGCAAAGAUUUUUUUGUUCCUCUACAAACAAGACCAAAAACAACACAAAUCAUCUGUUAGUCGCUUUAUUCUUAUUCAUUCUUUUCAAAAACAUGCUGUAAAUGGUAACUUGUCUCUGCAGUCUUAAGGACUGCUACGGCAAUAACAUCUGGAGGCCAAACUUCCACUACAUGGAGCUACAUUUAACUGAAAUCUAAUGUUUGCUGAAUGACUUGGAGUCUGAAGAAAUCAGGUUUUAGAAAGAGGAGGUUAACUGUUUGGUAGCUAGCUUGGCUCUGUUGGUGGAGCUUGACUUCAAGGGAUGUUCCAGUGUAAAUUUAAGUUAUGGUCAAGCACAUCAUAACACUGAGAUAGACACCCCCUCGAGAGAUGAAUGUUGCUGACUGCUUAUUUCUGUAGAAAUACCAACUUCAGUAACGACCGCAUAAUAGCAAUACACAGCAGUCUACAUCUCCAUGUGCAAACUUCAUCCAAAAAGCCACUCGUAGCCACAAAUAAUGCUCAGAGCAGCACCUAACUUCAUCAACUGUACAGAUAGGGCCCCAGCCAUAGCACUAGUCAUCAUACAUCACUUAAGCUUUGACUGAUUUCUUUAGCAAAGAGACGAAACUCACCCCCUCUCCUCCAGCAGCCGCUUGUUUGUGGGGAAGCCCUGACGAGUCUAUCACUGAGUGCAGCAGAGUUUUGCAGCUCAAGGAGGAACAUUAUUAUUACUUCAUGGAAAUUUAAUCAGACUGUGAUGCUAAGGCAGAAAAACUGAUGUGCUCUGCAGUGCAAAAUGAUUUAUACGCCACCAGCGAGCACGAAAAUGUCACUGCGCCAGCUGAUUCUGUCGACACCUCCCCCUGCCAAGCCACCACGCCCAGCUUGGCGGACCUUGGUUCGCCUCAGUCCACGAAAUACCAAACUGGCUGUAUGCCGGUCUCCACCAGACGAAAAUUUCACUGUGCAGGGUUCGCCGCCUCACCGGCGGACACGAAAAUAGAGCCCAUAGACUUUUACCUGUUGGAUUCUCAAAGGAUAUUAAACUGAGCUGUUGGCUGACACAGGCUGUGUUUUGAUCAGCUGAUGUACUGUUGGUGGAGCUUGACUUCAUGACCUGCCUGAACUAACACUAUGCUCAACGUCUGAAACUAAACCGAAGAGAAAGUUGUUUGAGAUCUGAAAUAUAAUGUUAAAAAUAUGUUUCCCACAGAGACACUUUUUAAAAAACUUUUUAUUUUUGAUCUUCUUUAGGGCGCACUCACUCUAAAAAAAAACAGAUUAGACUUUCACUGAGUUGUAUGCAAAUACAGAAUAAUAUAUUUCAAAGAGUCUUCUCUUCAGAAAGCUCAUGGGGGGAUGAAGCUGACAGCAGAGAAGUCAGGAAGUAUUGAAAGACAGACGUUAUUAUUUGAGUCUUUAAUGGGAUUUGUGGACAAUAAUAAAAGUAUGGAUUAAUACCAGUCUAUAAUCUCUCACACAGGUAAUAGACUUCCCCCUUUAGCACCGAACUCAACGUACUUUUAUUGCUUUAUGUUAAUUUCCUGUUUCUGAGGAAUAUUGGGGAGAGAUGGUGGAGUCGAGUCAGAUUAAUAAAAUUGCAAAUACCUGCAACAAAACAAAAGCAUAUCAGGAAUUUCAUCAAAUUCGUGGAUAUAAAUCUUCCUCUGCAUUUUCUUCAGGGUUGACUUUAAGUUGCUGCUGACGGCUGGCUGGCAGGCAGCAGCUACAGAGGAUCGGGGGCCUCUGCUGCAGAUUUUCACCUCUUCAUUGUAUCGAUCAGCUUUAAUUGAAGUCAGAAGCUGCUUUCUGCAUUUGAUGUCUGACGGGACUGCUGAUGCUGCCCUUUUGAAAAGUUCGGAGCUCUGCACAGGUGGAUGAAUUAUUCACGGUUGUUGACAGCACCAGUCAGCUGCUCUUUACUAAUGAAUGACUGCAGCGUGGCACGAAACCCAGGCCUUGACUUCCAGUACACCUCACAUUAACUUAUUAAGAGUUCCCACUGUUCAACAUUACAUGAGCUAAGUAGACUUUUCUGGUUUCUGUUCUUUUCUUCUGCCAUCUAUUUGUCUCUCAGUGCAUGCUGGGUCUUUCUACAUUCACAAAGUUAUUUAUGCAGGAAAAUCCUGACAGCUUUAAUGUCCAUAAAAUGGAGUUACAUUAAUCACCCUCUCGCAGCUGUCACAGAAGCAGUCAUUACGACGCUUGACAGGCAGACGUCUUCGAUUGAAUCUCCUCAGUCCGAUGAUAAUGUCGCAAAAUACAUCUCUUGAUCAUCAAACUGACCUUUUCAAAAACCUCCUCUAGAUGACUAAACCUCAUUUAGUCAAUUUCUGACUCCUUGAGGGUUAAGCAAGAUCGAAGGUCAUCAAUAUUUGAACUUCAGAGAACAUUUAUACCACAUAUACACUUACUAUCUGCCCUUUUCUUUGGUGCUAAAGCAUCACUCCAGUUUCAAAAGAGUAGGGAGGCUGUGCAAAAUAUUGAUUAGAAAAAGAUUUUUAAUGAUCAUAGUUCAUCCAUGCACGUAAGAAUGCAGGUUAAAACUGUAGCCAGCCAAGAAGAAACCCUAUAUUAAGGUGUUUCUUUCAGCCCCAGCACAUUUAAGUGAACAAAGGUGAAGUGGAAAACAGUCCUGUGAUCCAUUGAAUCAAAAUCUGACUUUCUUUUGGGAAAUCAUGGAUGCCCCAACCUUCGCUGCAAAGAGGAGAGGGACUUGAUACCAGCAAAUGGCUCAAAGGCCAAAAUCCCUGGUGGUACGGGAUACAUAAACUUUUAACCAUUUGCCAUGAGAAAUAUGGAUUAAUAUCUGACAGGGAUCACCUGACAUUUCUAUUUGCACCUCCAACAGGUCGAAGAUUCAAGAACAAGCACACAUCUACACUGCUGAUACAGAGAAGAUUACUGUAUACAUUACAUAGACCUACAGUAGACUUACAUUAAAAAGAAUAGGUCAGACCACAAGAGAGAAACCAUAUUCGACAUCAAACAUGAUCCAGAAACACCAGACCUCUCUGGGUCUGAGCCCAUUUUAGAUGGGCUUGGGUAAGGGGGGGGUAGAAAUCUUUCCAGUGGUCUUAGCAAUCAAAAAUCUGACACUCUGUUGACAUGCUGUAUCCUCUGAAGAGCAGAAGGACCACCUGGCUUAUCAGGAAUGAUCAGGAAAGUUCAAAGCCAGCAUCCCUGAUGGUCUGAGAAUCAGAAGAGGUCAUGGCAUAGGUAGCUUAUACAUCAGAAGACUCCAUUAAAGCCGAACAAUAUCCCUCCAGCACUUUCUUACUUUCAACACUAUGGAUAUUAGCCUCAAUCUAGUCGCUGUAUUCUUUGUCAUUCAAACAAAAGUUGCUGGUAGUUCAGGCUGCAAGUCACCCACUGACAAAGUCACUUAUUAACCCAACCCCGUCUGAGACACGCCUCUAAAAUCCUGAGGGCAAUUUUGAGAAGCUUACACAUGUGGCUUUAAAGAUCACUAUCUUUGAUUUUUCCAGACCUUCAUCUCAUUAUUGAAAACCUUGAACAAACAAACUCAAAUGAAGUAAAGCAGCUGGAUAAAUAAAAGUAAAGGCUCUGCACUGGAGAAUAACAAAUAAUUUGCUUUCUGUGAAACAAGUGGUAAUCAUGAUAAAGUGUCCAUUCAAUACAAAUGUAAAUAUAAAAAAAAUAAAGUAUUGAAAGGGUAUGCAGCUGCCCUAGAAAAGUGCCAGUACAAAAGCAGCACUAAAAACUAAAAAUAAAUAAAUAAGUGGCUGACAGUGUUGCAUGUCUAUGCUCAUCCAAAGACAUGCAACACUCACAUAAAUUGCCGAUAGUGUGAGCCAAAGCACUCAAUAUGAAGAGGUUGUUAACACUGCUGGAUGCUUCUCCUUUGAAGCUGCUCUCUGCCUCUGUUAUUGUUUACUUUCCUCACGAAGCACGUAGCAAGAUCCGAGCAUAAAUCUGGUCACUUUAUUAGCCUAUCAGACGCAGACGGGUAUGAUUUGAUUCACCAAGACUCCAGAGAUGAUUGAAGAACGACAGAAUGUUACGAAAUGACGUAUCUGUGCUCCCGGCCUUAGGAGUAGAAAUGCGCAUCAGCGCCACUGGCUUGAAAGGUUGAAAUGCAUACAUGCGUCUCCUGGCUUGAAGGCUAGGAAUGCGUACAUGCACCCGGCUUUCUGAGUAGAAAUGUGCAGCUGCGUUCCCAGCUUAGAAGGUUGAAAUGCGUACAUGCUGUCCCAGUUUAAAUGGGUUAAAGUGUAAUCCUUACCCUUGCAGUACUUAACAUUAUAUUAUUGGCUAGCUACCUUGAUGUAAACAUUUCCUACCACUCCCCUGGGUCCUCUCUCCUCAGAGCAGAACUUGGAGUUAUGGGACACUCCUUACCAUAGAGAUCCCCAAACUACUCCUGAGGAAAAAUGUUUGUAGAGAACUGAGAUCCAUCUCCUCAGUCUACUGGUUUUCCUGCAUUGGACUCCUGACCCUCACAGACCCAGAAGAAGAGCUGCAGUUUUGGAGUUUUGCUCUGACCCCGACAUCUAACUAUUGCAGUUUGACUCCUAUAAUAAUCAUCCCCACCUUGAUACUACAUACAUUUCUUGCUGUCAAUAACAAUCUAAGCCUGCCAGUUACAGAAAAAAUAGAUUUUACUUGAGAGACUUCAAUCAGAAACAUUUACCUUGAUUUUUUUUUUUUUUUGCAUCCUGAUUCAAGAAUUUAGACACAUGCUGAAAGAGUGGAAUUGACACUUCAUGGUAGUGGGUGGUCAAGCAUUAUAUGUGUCUGUCUUUUUUCCUGUACAUCUUCCUCUCCUCCCUCUCUCCAUCCUUCCUCUAUCCCAUCAGAUGUGGCUGACCUCCGAGCUGAACCUGAGUCCGCUCUGAAAACACAAAAGAAACAGAUUCUUUAUUCUAAUGUGUUCCUGCUGCUUAUGUGCCCUGGGCGUGGGGCCAAAAUUACAACCAUUACCACAUCACUGUUUCGCCUUGAAGGCCUCAGCCAUUUCACCCUUCUUUUUCUCUCUUUCUCUCUGUAAUCCCCCCUUCCUCACCUCUCCCACCCCUCUGCCGCUGUAAUAUGAAACUGUAACUGAAUUUCAAAUGAACUCUAAGCCGCAGCGGGAUGAAAUUGAUGUGUUGAAUGCUAAGCUCGGCAUUAAAGCAUGACGAUAAUGGCCUGGUGUUUUACGAGUCGUCUCGGCAGUCCCGCUACCCCAUGACCCCCCUUCAACAACACCCUCACAUUGCUUUAAUCUUACCUUGGCCUGGAGCUAACAUCAGUCCUGUAAACUCUAUGGAAAUACAACUGAUUUCCCAAGUAUUGAUCAUUUUGGAAAUGUUACUGAGCCUGCUGCCUCUUGCAUUUUAUAGACUUCAUAGCAGCCAAGAGAGCCCCAGACACUGACAAGGUUUUUAAAGGACUUGCAGGAUGUUUUUAGGGAUCUGUCCCACUUCAGGUCGAUGGGUAUAGAUGGCCUGUGUAAGUUUUAUUAAUCUAUGCUAUUAAUUUUUGUUUUCCAUUCACCAAUCCUAAAGAGUAUCCGAGCAGGGUCUGAUAGCUGGUAGAAAUGUUUUAUUUUUUUUAUUUUGAGGACUUAAAUAAACUUUGAGUCCUGUGGUGGGCAGUGUUGUUAAAAGGUGUUAACCAUGAGGUCUGUGGCUUCUGUAUUCAACAAAACAUUGCUAGCUGCAUAAAACUAUAGAAAUGUAUCCUCAUUACAAGAUGCAAGGGUAGAAUUAAUGGGAAAAUGGUCCACGCUUGAUCCAUGAUCCACGUGGACUACCCCCUAUUGUUCAGACUAAAGGCUCAUUUAUGCCCAACGUUACAUACGGAUCUGGAUAGGGAUGGCGCUCUCUGUCUGUGCUUUGCGCUCUUUUCGUCCGUAUUUCUGCAUGUAUCCUUGAAGUUUACAAAUACGGGCCAGAUGGAGCAAUACCACCGUAAACCUUGGGGGCAGUGUUGCUGCUGCCACUACCCGGUGGACAUCCUGAAGUACUGAAAAUGACGAUUGUCAUCAAUGUCUCUCAUUCGUACAACAAGGGAAAAGAAUUCGCCAUCCUCCAACCACGACGCAUUUAGCGGCCUGACUGACCGCCGCCUCCUCCAAUGCUGCCUCCUUUUCUGUCUCCUAUGCAAAAUUUUAAUCAUCACUUGUUCCUCCACAGUCGCCAUGUUUCUUUUUGUUUGUUGUCGUCAGAAACUUUUGACUCCGGCCUGCCCCCUGGACGCAUGGAAGUUUGUGGGCAGCGACAGAACCAUCGUCUGAAACGGACACGUACAUUUUCAUACGUAUGUUGAGCAUAAAUGAGCCUUGAGUGUGAUCCAUUAAUCAAUUGAGAAUUUCUUGUGAGGGUGAAGAAAAGCAAGUUUUUAACUCACUUUUCCUUUUUUUUCCUGAAGUACUCGCCUUGGCCUCAAAUCGGUUCUUGCUUGAGAAAGAUGCCUCUUUGUUUGUGUCAGCACCACUCCUGCGUGUAUCGGGUGUGGCAGCAAACUUCUUUAAUAGAUUUAAGAGGUGGGGUUGCAUUGAUUACACAUCACUAGUUAGUAUAAGCCUCAAUGGAUGUUGGUCAGCUCAGCCCCCUUAAUGAAAAACUGCUACGUAAGGGGAACUGGCAUCCAAGCCAGGGUACAGUUUUCUGCAGAUGGGGUCAAGUCUACUUUGUUAUUGAAGUACUUAUAAGAGAUGCUCGACCCGAGCACUCAACUUGGUUUAAGUGCACCCUGAACUGAUAUUUAUUCAUUUAUUUAUUUAUUUAUUUAUUAGCCAUUAGCCAUCAUGAAGCCUGUUAGUUUUGUACGGAUGCAACACAUAUCAGCCAACUGAUAAGCUAAUGAGGUCUAUGAUGCACAAGUUACUGAUCAGCGACUCGGCUAAAUUACACUUAAUGUAACACAAUGGAAAUCAUCUCACAGAGAGACAGUUUCAACCUUUUUUCCCCCCUGAGAAAUCUUUAAAGAACGAAGAGUGUCUCAUACUAAUGCUUCCUGAUAUAUAUGAUCAAUUAUAUGAUACAUAAUCCAACUCUACUUUUUUCAAAUAUUUAUGCAUCAGACAUUUGAAACUUGCAAAAAAAAACUUAUUUGAACAUGUUUUGCUUUUGGAAGCCAAUUUGACCAAUUUAAAACCAAUGUCAGUGUUUGGUAUUUACUGCAAAAAGAACCCUGGAGUCAUUCGUGAGCAGCACUGGUACUGUUUUUUUCGACCCAAAUGAUCUCAUUUCAGGAGCUGACUGAGUUGUGGUAUCUAAACUAAUUUGUCCAUAAAUUGAAGAGAAAACGUGUUGCCAAUAGUUUUGUCUUUUCCCCAAAACUCAGAAACUCUCAGAAGUGAUUUACUAAAGUUAUUGCUUUUGAAACUGAUGGACAACUUUGGGGGCUUAUUGAUGCAGCCUGCGGUCAGCGAUAAAAUCUUCCAUGCAUCACCUUUGUCUAUAGAAGGACAAACAACCUCAAAUGAGAAUAUGGAUGGAGUAAAGAGGGAAUGGGAAAUUAGCUGCACUUGGAUGCAGAUUUUUUUUAACCAGAGCUAAAUUAUUUUCAGAUUACUACCUUUAGGAUGCAGUUGCUCUCUUUAUGCAAGCAUUAUCUGCAUACAGCCAAAGCUUACUGAGAGCAAAAAGCAUAUAUAUAUAUAUAUAUAUAUAUAUAUAUAUAGAGAGAGAGAGAGAGAGAGAGAGAAAGAGAGAGAGAGAGAGAGAGAGAAGACUAGAUGACGUCCUGACUCAUUUGCAAUUGAAAUGGUUCACUUUAAAGGAUAUGUUGCAUUUAGAAAAACUGUGCUGAGGCUACACAAAACAAAUGCAAAGAAAAAUCCUGUGAACUUGUACGUUAAAGACAUUAAAUGAUAUCGCAACUCAGCAAAAAAUGUCUGCAAACAUUCCUAAAACUGAAGUUUUGGGAUCUACUUUUCCUGCUUUUCCUGCAUUCAGUUUGACAACAGUAGACCAAAAGGUGUCAGCAGCUUUGCACACAUUUGUAUGCAUUGGAUUUCUGUUGUUUAUAUUCUGAGCAUGUUGGACUCUGUCAGUACACCAUCACUCUUGCUCUGAAACACAAGUCCUCCUUCAUAGGGACCCUCCUUCUCUCACCACAUCCUGUCCUCAUGCCACCCUCCGUGAACGUGCGGCUGCAUUAUCACUUCAUUAGGGUUGAUUCAGGGUGAUAAAUGAUACAGCCUCAAGGGAAGCAUGUGGGCGGAUGGUAGUUGGGGGCCCUGUCAGUGUCCCUGGGGUGCUGGUGAUGGUUGUGGUGAUACUGUAUAGCAGCUAUUACACAGCCCUCUAUCCCCAAUGUCACCUGGCUGAGCGGUGUCUCAGUGUGGUGCAGGAUAAUCCCCCGCCCCCUGCCUUUCCUCCACAAGACCUGAUUUCCUCAGACAUAGUAAUCAAUCCUCCUCCCUGUGGAGCCAGAUCGCUCACUGGGUAUGUACAGGACCUCAGCGGCUCUGCCUGAUUGGCCGAUACGGCUGCAGAGAGACCUGAAAACAUUGUAACAGAAGCUGCUCUCUGCUUUAGAAACUGGAGAGUAUACCUUUGUGACAGCAUCUUAUAAGGAUCAUUGACUUCCAAUGAAAUAUUCUGACCUUGGUGGUACAGUUUAUGGUGAGCAUCAAUGCUGCCAAAGACUUUCCGUGUACCUACGUAGACUCAGUUAUGAUGGUUUUCCAAAGGGCUGGAGUUGGUGUAACGCUGAAAUUGUAAUAAUGUCAGGGUAUUGAUUGUGAGCCAGUGUUAUUUUGAAAGGCAAACAUUCAAAGGUCCGUAGAAUAAAUAAUAACUUAUCCGAAGCCGAAGUAGACGUGAUUACCAUGGAGAUAAAAGAGGCCAAGAAACUUUUUGAAGAUCAAAGAUACUCAGUGAAAGUCAGAAAAAAACUUUUACAAGAUCCCAAGAAACUGUUAAAAGAUCAAGUUUUUUUUCAUAGUAAAAUAUAAUGGCCACUAAAGUAUAACGAAAAUAACAUUGUGUGUUGUUGUGCUCACACAGUGCGAGUAGAAAUCAUUAGUGCUGCAUUGAUAAUAAUGCUACUAAUGCUAUUAAUGCUACUCGCUAUGUAGACCAUGUAUAAGCUUGAACGUUACCUUUCACGUUGAUAGAAGAGGGUCCAACAGGAUUUGAUGCGCUCCUUGAUGACUCACAACAAGUCAGAAAUAACGUUGUGUGUUGUUGUGCUCACACGGUGCGAGUAGAAAUCAUUAGUGGUGCAUUGAUAUUAAUUAUCAUGUGAAAUUUCAGUAGCGGUGCAUGUAAUUAGGGGAAACACUGCUGAUACAUAUGAGUCCGAGGUAGAACUAUGCGAGAUAAAAACUGAUUUUUUUUUUUCUUUUUUUUUUGGUGUGGCGGCUUUUAUUUAGCCCUGGCGGUGUGCCACGAUUAGUUGUAUGUAGGGGAAACCCUGAUCGUACUAUCAUCCUUCAUGUCUGUCCUUAUGGGGAUAGCUUGUAUUGUCAUGCAAGCAUCAACUCCUCAACAGAUAAACCCGCUCUAUCAAAGUGCAAUAUGUUUGAUUACUAGUGACAAUUUUUAUAGACAGUAUUUCUCACUGUGUCGAAAUGUUGGCUGGUCCUCCCUACAGUCCAGUAAAAAUAUUCAUCUUAUGUUACAAAGCAUUGCUUCAGAAACUUUUGAAUUGCCUCACUUCUCUUCCAGUAUAAUUAUCUAACCUUAGACAUCCAUUGUUAUUUUUGGCAGAUCAGGCUUCUGCUAUGAUGCUCCAUUCAAAUGAUAUGAACUACAAUCCGUCCUCAAACUGGACUCCCUCAUGGAGAAUUUAAAUCUCUAUUAUCAGAUUAUUACUCUGAUUGUUGUAACUGCCUUGGUUAAAUUCUGAUUAUUUUGGAUGUUGUCUACUGUGUUCUGUAUCUGCUCUUUGUAAAUGUUGAUUAUUUCCACAGUCUCCAAAGUCUCCAAAAACACUGUCUAUGAACACAGAUCAUCACUGCAUCCACAAAUACAGGUUCAAACCGAAACAUGUAAAGAGGAAACUAUAAACAUGAUCCAGAAACACCAGAGACUUCUCAAAACCUGGUCUUGUGGUCUAAGAAACUGAAAUAUGACAUUCUUUUUGAAAGUCAUGGAUGCUGCUUCCUCCUCUGCGAAGACAAGUGGGACCACCCGGCUUAUUAUCAGUUCAAAGCUAGUGUCCCUGAUAGCAUGGGGAUCAUAGGUGUCCCUGGCAUAUGUAUCUUACACAUUUAGGAAGGCUCCAUAAAUGCUGAACAAUCUAAACAGGCUUUGUGGUACCAUGUGCUUUGAUCCAGACAAUGACUUUCAGGGAGGACCUUAUUUCUGUAGAACACACUCUACAGGUAUUGCAACAUCUGUGGCAGGAGUAUGCUGCUGUUUAACUGGCCUGCUUAGAGUCCUGAUUUUUCACCCACUGCAAAUUUAUCACACUAUUUUAUUAUUGUAACUAAUGGCAACUAUACAAUAUAGUAAUCAAUAUUAUCCUGCUUUUCUCAGACUUUUACAAUACUUUUUCGUAUUGCCCUAAAAUGUUUGAAAAGUGAGUCCCACUUUCAGGUGAUCUCUCACUUUACCUGGUUUUUCCCAUAAGAGGAGAAUCAACAAGUCAUUUGAUGAGUGCAAAAGUCUUAGUCCUCUCCCCUAGAGGGUCCUCAUAAACACAGGCAGCCACAGCUGUUUGACUCAGAGACAGCUCUGCAUCCUCCGUCUGGCAGUUUUCCCUUAUUUUUUCUAAUUCCAGAGGGUGUCUUAUUAUCUGCAUCAAACCUCUAUUUGAAGCCUUGAGUAGUAAAGUGCUGGAGGACAUUAAUCAAGAGGAACAAGCUGCCUCUCACAUCUGCUUUGAGCUGAGAGUGAAGCUGGCAGCUUCCUCUACCUGAAUGUCUGUCACUGUCUGCCUCCACCCACCAACAGCACCUCAAACGGGAUAUAUUUAGUCUAAAGAGCUGUGCAUUCACAUCUGACUCCAUUUAAUUACAUCCUUCAAUGUGGCAAGUGCCUGUUAAGAGUUUCUAUUCAGGGGAUUACUCUGGGGAGAAAAUUGACAGGCAAUAAAAUGAAACUAAGAAGCUGUUAUUUCAGGUUUGAAGUGUGGUGCAGACGGCACCUUGCUUCCUUUCAUGGCUAGGGAGGGAAACACUUAAGCUCCCUGAAGUUUGCAACAAAUCUGUGCACCCUGACUCUGUUCUUCAUGAUCAUUUUAAUAGACUUAUCUUAGCCAUAAGACAACAUGUUAACUAAAAACAAGAAAAAUGUGUGAGCUGCUGAAUACUUGAGGUCUUUUCUUGAAAUAAGAGACGAACUUUUAAUGAUUAGUGGACUGGGUCACAGCUGAGACUAUUUAAGGUUAAUUGUUCAAAUCAAGCUUCUUGCAACUGUGAGUGUUUAUGUCACAAAUUAGCACAUAGGGGUCUGGGUGGAAACUUUUGUUCACUCUAUUCAAAUGUUUGAACUUCUACAGCCUAAAAAGUAUAUUUAACUGGACAAUGCAAACCCUAACUGCAUUAUACUGGAAAGGCUUAAAAUUCCGACGCCGGUGAAAAUCAGGUUUUUCUUGUUGUCUACGUGUUCAUAUGGCAUUUUUCUGAUGUUACAGGACAUGUCAUGAGGAAAAAAAGAGGGAAAUUGCAUUUCUAGUAUUUCAGCAUUCAAAUCGCAUACCCAAACAGCAGGCUCAGAUACAGUGAGAUUUCCUAAGCACAAAACCAAGCUCUGCCCCCCGAGCCCCGCUAUGCAGGCCAGACUCGGAGAAGUACAGAGGAUGAUCGCAGAAGAAGUGUGUGCGUUAGCGGAUUGUAAUGCUCGUAAGAAAGCUUAUUAUGAUAUCUACUUUCAUCAUGCCCUUAACGACAUUAGUGGCUGAGAGCUGAAUAGCUCCUAUGUUACCUGCCACUUUUACUGCACAAGCAAUGUGAGGCUGCAAACUAGCGUGAAGACGAGUGUGCAGAGCAGCGCUGUCUCGACCUAUGACUCAGAGGUGGAUUGCUAAUGAGUUACUGGAGCUCUGCACAAGAAAAGCCCUCGAAAAUAACACAAGUAGUGUGAUUUUGGCAAAAAAAACGUCAUAAUCACAAUUUCACAACCACUGAUAACACUUUAAGUAGUAAAAAGAAACAUUGGAGGGGGACUUUAAAGGCUGUUCCUCAGUAGUUCUAUGUUCGGCAACCUGAGAACACCGGGUAACAUGGAAAACUUGAUGCUGAAAGAAAUUGCUUAUCUUAAAAAAUCUGAUAGCCAUCAUAGUAAGUGUGAAUAAGCGAUCAAUGUUUUACUUAGAUUUACAUCUAUAUUUAUGUCUGUCAGGAAUAACAGUGUGUUGAAAACACUGGUUAUAGGAGGCCCAUUUAAACUCCUAGUGUAGCUGUUUUCAUUGUUUUUGUGAUGUUUGUGAUGAUUUAAAAUGUUUGCAUUACAUUUGCAGCAGUCUGCAUCUGCAUGGUGGAGUUUGCAUUUAUGUUGUGUGUUGUCAUUUGAAAAAUGAGUGGGUUAACCCUUUAGGAAUGCUUUUUAAACUACAAUUGUGAUCUGUUUUGUUCUUGUGGAGGGAAGCCACAGCAGUUUUAUCCUUAAAUAUUGUCCAGGACAGAUAACUGGGAAAUAAAGUCACUCAUGAAGCUGUUUUAAACUAAUCAUUGUCACAGAUCAUGAAGGCAAAGGGUAGUUCUACGCUGUGUUUAAACCGAAACACCAUCAGGUUACAGAAAAUAUUUUGUUGUGCAGUCUCCCUCUUGUACCUUUUGAUCUCCUCUCCUCUGUCUGUUCUUAUAGCUUAUUCUGGUCCAUGUAAUAAUUUAGUACCUACAAAAAAAUCCUUUUCUAAUGAGAGUAACCCUGGGACAUUUGAGCUGUAAGUGCAUAAAUUUGACAACAAAAUGACACCAGAUUAGACAUCUUCCACUAUAAUUUUUUGUUCUGUUUCUUUCUUUUCUGUCUGUACACAGUUGUGUUCCCAGCUUGAUGUAAAUUAAGGACGCAUACUUUUAUUAGAUUUUCUCAAAACGUACGUCUAGACUGACAACUUAAGUGCAAUGCCAAUGUGCAACAAUAGCAAAACAAUAAUAACAAUAUUCAGUAUGAACAAUGACUAUAACAAUCACACUGUGCAGUAUUGCAGAGUGUAAUCUAUUGACAUAGUGCGAUAUUAACAAUUAGUAAAACAAUGUGACAAUGCCACAUAAAAUGAUAAAAAGACAAAUAAUAAAGAAUUCAUGGCAAGAGCACUUUAUUUGUGUGUUGUGAUAAAGAGUCCCUUUAUAAAGAAAAGUGUAUAUUCCAUCAAUUUUUUUUUUGUUUGUCUGUCUGUCUCCUUUUGUAUUUUGUUUAAAAUAAAUGCAUUGUAGUUGGAGCUUGACUUCGUGGAAUGCCUGAACUAGCACUACAAUCAAUUUGAUGAUGUUGUCUUGGGUAAAACGUAUGGGAAAGGCAAAGCUGACAAUAGCAACACAAGACACUGAACUCAUACCUGGAAGUGAUAUUAUGUGCAUUGACUUAAAAACAGUCUCAUGAGGCAACGUAACAUCCCAGUAAAUUCAUAUAAGUGAAUGUUUUCUUUCUUUGUUACAUGAGUAGUGUGCUUGUAACUCUUUAGAGAGGCAGUGCGUUUUAUAUUUUCUGCAAGUAUCCUGAAUAAACAUUAUUACUGAUAUUAAAAGUGAAGAAAUUGGUAGUGUUCAAGAUGAAAAAGCAGCCCCAACCCUGCAUACCCUCUCACCUUUGCAGUGAGCCAAACUGUCAGGUUGUAGAUUUCAAAAAGUUGUGAUACUUAACAGAGUGCCUCAGAAAAUUUUACAUAGAAAAGGCAAAGAGGCUCUUUUUAAAGAUCUGAAAGGAGAUUUAUUCAAGCCAUACCAUUGGCUUUAUCCUUUAUCCAGGGACAUUUUUUCUCCACGACAACAUGCUGGCCUGGUGCAGCGUAAUGAUUCACAUGGCUGACAAAAAUGUUCACAUGUCCCCCUGGCAUUCAUACCGUCCACUGCUUUCAUAGCCAUCAGCCUGAAGUAACAACCUGCUACCUGCCAGAGGCGGCCUGCAAACCCCAGAGCUUCCAUUAGUGAGGAACAGGACACACACUGAUUGAUCAGAGCAGAGAGUGUGUUCCCAAACCUCUAAUGUCUGAAAUGUUUGGGUUGUAUCAUUUUUCUGUCAAAACUAAAUAACUGUGGUUGUUAGCUUCCAUUUGGUCAAACUGCUCAGAGAUUUGUGAAUUCUGCUGGGGCUCUGCACAGAGUUGUACAAUGUAAACCAGGCCUUCAACUAAUAGCCCUACUUCUACUUUCUAUUGUACCAGGAGCCAUAGGAAAAUGGAUGAAUCUAUCUUGUCCAGCCUUCCUGAAAGGGACAUAAACUUUCCAGCUUGUUGUCAUUCCCAAGGUGUCCCAAAACCAUUCUUUUCAGAACCUUUAGAGUCUAACACAGCCACCAAAGGUAACCUGUAGUCUCUAGAUCAGAUACCCCAAACUUUCAGCUUACUGUAAUCAACAGUUUUGUGUAAGAGCUGGUCACUGGAUCUUACUUUAUUUGUAAAAUAGUAGUGGAGCCAUUAAUAUAGCAGUGCAGUAAAUGUAACCUUUGUACCAUGCAAAGAUGAAAGCAUUUAUAAAGAUCAGAAACACCUGAGACCUCUGUGAAUCCGAACAUGGGUGGAAAACUGUUCUGUGAUCUGAUUUCUCAAAAUUUGACAUUCUGUACUUAUAAAAAUAUUUUGGGACAUUUUUGCCUUUAAUAGAGAGGCCAGCUGAAGAGAGGACAAGGAGAACUACAACAUCUAUACAUGGGUCCAUUGGUACCCCAUAACUUUACAUUCUUUUUUGGAAUCAUGGACACUUAGACUAUGUUUACACUUGCCCGACUAUUUUCAUAAACAGACAUUUCACCCUCUGCAUUUCCAAAAAAAAAAAAAAAACUGCAUGCACACCACUAUGUUUUCAGAAAAGUUUUCAUUUACACUGACCCGUGCAUAUAUGCCAUCAAGAGUAUAUCAAACCUGUAGGUGGCAGUGUAGUAAGAAGCUCAAGCCCACGUUAGCCGGUCAGAGUCCUGCAUAGCAGCAGCAACAACAACAACCCUAACUUUUUUCCUGCGCACGAUCUGCCAUCAGCAACCCAAAUCUCAUUUUUUCUCUGUUUACAUGCAAAUGUGCAAAUAUAGUUUUCCAAAAUCUCCUCUCUGGCCAGAGUUUUUAAAAAGCUUCAUUUUCAGGAGUGAAUUCUCGGUUUGUGUGUAUACGAAGGGUGCAAACGAUGGUCAAUGUCUCUGUUUUUAGAAAUAACAUACGUAUAAAUGGGGCCUUAGUCCCUCUAUAGUCAGCAUACCUAAAUGUAUGGGAACGCAUAAGUGUCCACGGCAUGGGUAGCUUACACUUUUGGGAAGGCUCCAUUAAUGCUGAACAAUAUAAAAUAAAUAAAUUGAUGUCUCUAAGCAUUUUUUGGUUCAAUAAACAUUUGUAAACCAUCAAAAUCUGUUUUUGUCAACACUUCAUUCCAGCCCUUUUUAAAUAGGAGUUUAAUUGGCUGCUAACUCACUGGUCCUUUAUUUGUCUUUUUACUGUCUAUAGUAGUAGUUAUUAGUUAUAUAUAGUUAUUUUGUGAUAUACUACAGGGUUUUGAGAUUUUCCAUUAUGUGAUUUAAAAGAGGGUUUGGGUGGACACGAUCUACCCGGCGUUACAUUGCAUUGCACUCGGAGUCCUCAAAUGUUUUCUUUCAGACUUAAUCAACCAUUGCACUGGCUCCUUGUGCUUUCCUGGAUUACCGUUCUCUGUACGAGCUCACUCCACUUGAAAAAAAAAAAAAGUCCCUGUUUACUUCAGCAAAUUUGAAAGCUCUCAUAUGAAGUGGCUUUAUGCUGAAUCUGUGCAGCACAAAUUGACCAUUGAGUUUCUGAAAAUAUCCGACUGCAUCACUUGAUAAAUACCUGGGCCCUCUUCAUUUUUAUUUGUGUCUUUAUUCAGUGCGAGUGUUGCGAGCAGUCCAACAGAGCACAGUGUGGUGGUGGUGGGUGGAGGAGAAGGGGAAGAGGUGAGUGCAGGUUUGGAUAGAAAGAGCUUUUGUCCUGCUUACCUUUGAUCUGACAGCUUGUUAACAAGAGGAGAACACCUUCUUCUGUAUUCUCGAUCCUUCUCUCUAUCUGACUUCUUGCCACCUCCUCCUCCUCCUCUCUCCUGCUGUGUUCAUCAUCGACAGGUGGUGCCUUCAUUUCCCAUGACUCCUGCAAAGCUCGGCACGCAUUAAUGGCCUGCUAUAUUGUCUUAAACUCGGCAGAGCUCCAUCAAGUUUUAAAAUAUGUCAAUUAUGCAUAUGCUUGUUGAAAUGUUAUCCCUCAAGAUGGUACAUUUAUCUCUUUGGUUUUUCAGUUGCAUUUAGUAAAACAUAGUGGCACUUGCUUAAAGCUGCAGUACAUCAUCUCUUUAAGUGUCACUCAAUUUAAACAACAACCCUCUAAGGAAAAACUAUGGCUAUAGAGAGAGUUGCUCUUGCACAUAAUGAGGACUGUUUGGCUUACAUCUCACAGCACCCUUAUAGAAGUGGAGAGUAAUACAACGUCUUUUUAUGUCUGUAUUUCGGUGUUCUUUUCAUUGCUUGUGUUGCUUGUGUGAGCUUUCUGGACAUGGUUUGGGCUUCAUAGCUGUUAGUUGCCUCUAAAUUGGAGGGUUGGCUUAUGUUAGUCACACACCAAAGCUUGUUUGUGCAAGACACUAAAUCCCAGAUUGCUCUUGGUGACUUAAGCAUGGGAUUAGUAUUACAUGGGGACCUCUGGUAAACCACGAAUCACCUCCCGAUGUCUGGGUUGGACAUUUGCAGGGAAUAAAUUAAGUAUGUAACAAACCCAAAUUUGCCAGAAUGUGACUGAAAACACCACAAGACUGCUUAACUUGUUUCUGAGGUUAGAGAACAGCUUGCUAGAAGGUGUUGAAAGGAAGUACAUGUCCAUAUCUGUUAAACAGUAAAAGUUUAUUGGCUACAUCACAAUAAACUUAGAUUGAGCCCAGGUCCUGGCUUUUUCUUCUCCGCCUCCAGCAGUUGUUUGUGCCUGUACAUGUGAUUUGGUUGUCAGGCAACAAUAAAUAAAGUGCAGCUCUUGUGGUGCACUUUGCAAUGUGAAGGCAAUGUUGCUUAUGAAGGCCAUUAAUCUAUUUAAAGGCUAAAAAUAUUCCUAAGCACAUCAUCCAUGUAAUUACUCUUCAACAUCUGCAUCGUCUGUUGUCUGUUAGUUUGCUUUUUCUGCACACGGAUCUCCAUCAGAAUUAUUGUCAUUAUUAUUAUUAUUAUCAAUAUUAUUAUUAUUAUUAUUAUUAUUAUUAUUAUUUGUCUACAGACUGACUGUUAACAUUUAUCAUUUAUUCAUAUUAGUCGGACAAAAGCUCUGACUAAUAUGACUAUGAAUAAUCAUAAUCAGUUUACCAGCACCAAACUAUGAAAAAGACUGUAAUCCCCCUCCCAAAAAACAUUUUAAUUUUUCUAAUUAGUAUAUAUGAACAAAUGUUGUACAGCAAUGCAUCAGUCCCAGACAUAUAUUUGGCCAAGAUACUGUAUAACAUGUAAUAUUUGCCAUUUUUACAUCUUGAAAUGCAUUUAUCUCACCAUGAGUACCCUGUGAUUGGUGGGGAAAAGACGUUUAUCUUCACUGUUGUUUUGAUUAUAUUUACUGAUCAACGCUGUGCUACAUGCAGAUAAUUUUGCUACUGUGAAUUGUAAUUUUUAUCUGGAAAAGGCAGAAAAAGAAGAUUCAGAUGGCUCUAAUAUUAUCAGAGGACUUACUUUUGUUUCUGAAAUAUGGUUAGUGAUUUGCCCUCAAAUUAAAUUAACAUAUUACAAACAUGGUCAAUUCCACUUUAAAAAUGCAGACAUUCUUCACAGUUAUUACAAAUGAUCACAGGUCCUCAGGUGAAACUAAAACCCAGGGGGGUCGGGCUUAUUGUCUUUGUGUGAAAACUUAGACACUUAAUAUGAAGUAAACAGUGUUGACACUUUGAUUUUACUUCAGUCAUUUUCAAACUAAUAAAAGGAAAUUAGACUUUAAAGGUGUCAGAAAAACCAACACUCAAGUAAAAUUUGAACUAAAGUGUCACUUAUGUAAUCACCAAUACAGAAAUACCAAUCAAUCCAAAGUUAAAGAAAACAGAUGAAAAAAAAAAAAACAGAGAGACACAAAGUAUAGUCAGACUAGUGUCUCACACACAUACACGCUCUACAGUAACCAUGACAACUUAAAGGUUAGCUUAGUGACAGCCGGAAGCUACAGGAGCCCACAGGCUAUUUACACCCUCCAUGGAAACUAUUAAACACAGUCAGGAAUCUGAGCGACAGACAGGUUUCCCUGCAGAGUCUCAGAGAAGGAGGACACAAAGACUGCUGUCUGACACAUCCAACACCCUGCUGAUCACCACAACACCUCCAUAUAGCAGAAAGUGACGGGGGAAAUCUAACAAUAUCCAUACACACAUUGCAUAUGCUGAGUUUGACUGAGAGAAUGCUGUGAAUGCCCAGUAUUCAGCCCUCAGGUCACAGGAGAGAUCGUAAUAUGAACUAUUUCUUCAUUGAAUUUUACAAAGAUACAGCUGGUUUUUCAAUUUGCUUUAGCAUAUAAUCUAAACACAUCUGUGAUUCCCAGUUUAACAAAGAAUUCUUGAAUAAUACAUCAUACAAGGUUUAAGGAGUCGUGCUGUUGUCAUACGAAACAAGUACAAUGAUGUAUCACUGCAAGUUAAAAUUGAAUAGACCUUUGCACUUUUCUGCACAUUACACUUGUGCCCAUUGGUGGAUGUGGAGCAGAAAGAGCUUCUGCUGCAGAUCCAUCUUCAGGAGAAAACUGUGCCAUGAGGAUGAGCUGCCGGUGAUCAGCAUACAAGUAAAAUCCUAAAUAUUUAAAAAAACUGAUGCAAUAUUACUGAAAAAUCCUGAUCUGAUAAUAUCACAAUUAUGAGUCAACAAUGUUAUUUAUUGUGAAAUGUACAAAACCCAAUUUCAUUGAAGUUGGGAAAUUGUGAUAAAUGUAAAUAAAAACAGAAUAUAAUGAUUUGCAAAUCCUUUUCAACCUAUAUUCAAUUGAAUACACUACAAAGACAAGAUAUUUAAUGUUCAAACCCAUAAACUUUGUUUUUUAUUUUUUUGCAAAUAAAAAGUAACUCAGAAUUUUGUGGCUGCAACACGUGCCAAAGUAGUUGGGACAGGGGCAUGUUUACCACUGUGUUACAUCACCUUUCCUUUUAACAACACUCAAUAAACGUUUAGGAACUGAGGAGACUAAUUGUUGAAGCUUUGAAGGUGGAAUUCUUUCCCAUUCUUGCUUGAUGUACAGCUUCAGUUGAUCAACAGUCCGGGGUUUAACGCUUCAUAAUGCGCCACAUUAAUUUUCAAUGGGAGACAGGUCUGGACUGCAGGCAGGCCAGUCGAGUACCCACACUCUUUUACUACGAAGCCACGCUGUUGUAACACGUGCAGAAUGUGACUUGGCAUUUUCUUGCUGAAAUAAGCAGGGGCGUCCAUGAAAAAGACGUUGCUUGGCAGCAUUUGUUGCUCCAAAACCUGUAUGUACCUUUCAGCAUUAAUGUUGCCUUCACAGUUGUGUAAGGUACCCAUGCCUUGAGCACUAAUGCACCCCCAUACCAUCACAGAUGUUGGCUUUUGAACUUUGCAUCGAAAACAGCCCAGAUGGUUCUUUUCCUCUUUGGCCCAGAGGACACGACGUCCAUUAUUUCCAAAAACAAUUUGAAAUGUGGACUCGUCAGACCACAGAACACUUUUCCACUUUGCAGGUGUUCACCUUGGUUUUCCGACUUGUUCACUGGAACACCAUCAACUCGGGUGUAACGUCAUUCCCAGCUCCAACAUCCGACUUCCGAAGUAACUGGAAUGCAGCAUUAGUCCAACUUCAGCUUUUGGAAACACAGCAGCUCAGCAACUCUUCAUUCCUCUCAGAUCCUUCUGUGAUGUGAGCAGCUGUUCACUGUCCUCACAGUUCAAGCUCAUGUCUAUAAGUUGCAAAUUGAGUCACUGUUCAAAGUGAUAUUGGCACAUCCAGUGAAUGUAUUCAUGUACGUGCAAUCAUGCACAACAUUGGUGGUCGUGGAUCACUUAUACAAGCACUGGGACAAAGUCAGUAUUCCAAUCAAACCCCCAACCAAGCCCGAACAGUGCUUUAACUUAACUGUGCAGGUAAACCUACUGACAAGGUUAAACCGUCUUCAAACAUAAGCACUGUAAGUGCAACAACAGUAGCUGACACUGAGGGUGUUUUGUGUGGAAAGCAGAUUGCAACAGUAAACAUACUGAGGAAGUUUUGCAUGAGUCACUAAGCUUCUGCUUUUACAGUCUGUAAGGAAGUGAAGCUUGGUACAAAACAGGCAUUGGUACAGACUCACAGAAAGCUCAGGCUGUUAUACAGUAUGACUGAUAUAACUGCUGUUAGUCUCUGACCUUCACCAGCCAAAGAUGGCAGUAAGACUGUCAGUCCAGGACAAACCUGUUUAAGUCAAAGACAAAACAUUUCUAGAAACACACAUCAUGACAGGACAUAUCACUAUCAGGCUAAAGAAAACAAGUCUGUGCAGAGUCUCUGCUCUGUUUUGGACAUGCAGUCCUGCUGACUGUCACACACCUGUAUGUCUCCAUGGGUAUGUGAUCCUGUAGUGCAGUAAAAUCCACUGGUGAGCCAUUAUGUUGUUGAAAUAUAACAGCAGUUUCUGCAGCACACGGCAGACUGGACUCAUUUUCUAGUUCUGCACAACCUCGGGUUUGUAGAAACUGUGACUGAAGGACUUUCAAAGCAGAGAAAACAGAGAUGUAAGAGAGAGUUCUGUAACACACCUCAGGAAUGAAAUGGUGGUGAAAUACAGCUCAGCAAAAAGGGAUUCAUGCAGCAAAGAAAAGGUGGAACUGCUGCAUUUAACGUUUCAUUUAACAGGGUUUCUGUUGCCACUUUUUCUUCCAUAAAACACCAUUUCUUUAUUGGUUAAAUCAGUUUUGUUCAUUAGUUUGAUAUCUGAAUGUGAAUACACACUAUAUUUUGUCAGGAUGGGGCUAGAGCAAACCCUGGUGUGAAAGGUGGAAGUUCAACGCCAAAAAUCAACAGAAGAGAAGGCUUGCAAGUUUUCUGCUCACUGAUCUCUGCAAAAGUGAAUCUAGAAAUGAUAAGCUAAUGGCUUUAUUGUCAGUGUUUCAGCCUUGUUUCUGUCACAAGCAUAAAAAAUACAAUAUGAACUCCCUGCAAUAAUUUGAAAGAAAACGCCUGAUCUGUUCAUUCUGUGGACAGGCUCCUCUUGUUUCAAUGCUUUUAUUCUAAGGGUGUGUCAUGGCAGAUAUUUACUAAAAGGUGACUUACAUAAGAUAAAAAGUUAGCAUAAAUCAUGUAGGCAACAGGUAGGCUUUGUUACUUAUUACAUAAAGACAUCAUAAUUGUAUGAAGUUUAUGGUCGUAGUUUGAGUUAAAUUUGUGGGAAACAGGCUGACAGUAUAGCAGAACCCACAGCUGGAGUCAAGCCAUGGUUAGAAAACCAUACCUACAUGAGCACAGUUUGUUGUCUCUAAGGUCAGAUUUUGGAAAUUAAAACUUAUCAGCUGAUUUCAGAGCACAAUAAGAACAAUGUAGAGGGGAUGGAUCUUUUAAAUGUGGAGAAUUAAAAGUCAGAGGUUUCUGCAGUGGUAGAUCAAACCAGUGCUGUGUUUAUGUGCACACUAAAGAUGUGAUUUUUUUACUGUGUUGUUUUUUAAGUUUGUUUCCCGUUUCUUUGUUUUAGUUUGAAGAUUUUUUUUCAUUGGAUUUUGUUGUUUUAGUUUAUUAGUCUGUCUUUGUCACUUGGUUUUUCUGAUGUUCCGUUUUCAUUUUCAGCUCAGGGCCACUGUAGAUAAACCUGACAUUGUUUUGUUUCCUCCUCAGUGAUGACUUGUGAUUCAUGCUCUCAAUUAUAAACCAGCAAAUGGAAAAACUGAGCGGCAUCAUAAAAAGUCAGACAAACUUUUUCCCCAACCAGGAGAGAUUACAAAGGCGUCGAUGUCAUGUCAUUUAGAGUCGUGAUGAAGAGUCACAGCAGAUGCUGCAGCUCACUUUGAAACAAAUAUUUUUUCAGUCCUGCUGGAUUUCUGCCAAACACUGUAUUAUAUUAUAACCUUAUCUCCUGUGACGUCCCUUUGACAGAAGCUUUAAUGCAGAGCGACCACCAAGAAAUUAAACACAAUCACAUAGUGAAGGAAUGGGACUGCUGAUAGGGGCAUCCUCAAUAUACAGAAACACUGCAGAGUUCAACCUGCGGGAAAUGAAUUCAAACACUUGUUAACUUUUAUCCAGUCAACAUAUUUCAAUGAAUCAUUUCAAACAACUGAGUUCUAUUUAUAUUGUGCCAAAUUACAACAAUUGUUAUCUCAAGAGUAGAUCUAGACCAAACUCUUUUUUUUAAUGUAUUACAAAGACACAACCUCAGGAUGGAAAGAGAUUAAGUCCCAUCUAGAAAUAUAAGACCUAUUCUGAACCCAUCUCAAAGCAACAUGCGUGAAGCACUGUGCUAUAUUUAGGAAGUUUCUGUGGCAAUAACAUAAAUACUGUAAAUACUACAUUUUUCUAUUUUUGAAAAUGAAAUUUAAGCAACUUUUUUUUUUUUUUUUUAAAAAGAACAAAUUUGAUGUUGUUGUUUUAUAAGAAACGUAUGCUCAUUGUAAGUGUAAUGCCCACAAUACCUUUAUUAAAAGUUGAGAAGAACCACAAAACAGGUAAAGCAUUGUGUGUUUAAAAAAAAGAAACAGCUAAAGAUACAUCUCCAAACUGCUGAGGUUAAUUUACAACAGGUUAGUAUCAUGACCAGGUAUAAGAACACUUACAAGAGGCUGAGUCUCUCAGAAGAGGUUCACCACUCUGUGAGAGACUACAUGAGCAAAAAAUCCAGCAAGUUCAGAAUAAUGUUCUGGGUUGUGGAUUUUAUCAUCUAAAGAACAUAAUUUUAUUCGACCAAAACUAAGACUGGAUGGCCCUGAUCGUCAGGACCUUGGGCAGCACUGCAUUAAAAGCAGACAGGACUUUGUAGUGGAAAUCACUACAUCACUACAUAUCUGAAACAUUAUGAAACAAAACAAAUGUAGAACAAAAGAGACCCUGAACUGUUGAGAAGCUGAAAUCCUAUAUUAGGAAAGAAGGGGACAACAUUUCACUAUCCAAACUUUAGAAACUGGUCUUCUGGGUUCACUAACAUUUACAGUGUUUUGGUGUAAGAAGAGCUGCUAACACACAAUGGUAAACUUUGUGUGUUUCCUAGUUCAACAUUUGAUAUGUUGCCUUUGCACAAUUUUCAAUCAAGGCUGUAAAUGAUUUGCAAAACAUAAAAAUAUAUAUUUUUUUAAACAUUCUGCAAAGCUCUGUAAAAUGAACAUUUGAAGUUUUAAUGUCUGCAGUUUCUCCUCCCCUCAAAGUAGAGAAAAUAACAGUGUGCUUACCUGUCGAUGAGGAUGACAGCUUCUUCAUCUUCUGUUUGACCUCAGUCUGCAGACUCUAUUGUUCUCCCUCUAUUCUUUAAUAUUUUAUCACCUUGCUUUAUUGUUGAUACGUUGGUUUAUGUUGGCUGGCGUUUGCUUGCGGAGCCAAUACUCUGGACGGCUUCAGGCUCCUUUUUCUCUACUGUGGUGUCGGGGAAAAAAGACGACAGCCAUCAGCUUCCACCAAUAAAGAGUAACAGCCCUCAGUGCUUGUUGUCACAGUCUCAGCUGAGUUAUUACCCUGAGAGAGGACAGGCCUGGGAACAGCUACAACUACAACUCUGUGAGCCAGUUUGUUUGUUAAAGCCAGUGUGAAGGAAUCUGUGAAUCAGUUUGAAUGUGAUUCAAUAAUGAUUUUACCUACACUUGUCAACUGGACUAUUACAGAAAAUACUGUUUUUUUAUCAUUCUCAGUGCCAGUUUGGGACCUAUUAUUUGAUUAAACCAAUAUUUCAGGUAGUACUGCAGAGCAACUUUAUAAACGUAUGUUUUUGGCACAGUUUUUAAACUCAUUUAGUGCUAGGUUUAUUUAUGCAAUUUUCACCCAGUGCCACCAUCGACCGCAAUAGAAAUUUCUGUAUUUUUCAGGACCCACAGGAUAUCUUGCGCUUAGACUACAAUUAAGUGUUGUUUAUUUUAUUUUACUUUACCAGUGGCAUCAAGGUCCUUCCCCCUUGGACACCACUCCUCAUCACUCUUGAGAUACGACUGGGAUGGGUCACUUUGUGAUGGCUGGGAGUCGUAUUGGCUCUCGAGAACCUGACGCCGCGACGUAAACCACAUGGACUGCUGGUGUCUUCCUCGCUUGGACUGUCGCUGAAUCCCAGCUCACUUUUGUUCACCAGUACCAGAACCAGCGGCACAACAACAUGCCAGAGAAUUACUUCUUUGAUUGCCUGCUGACGAUGUGAAGGUACCGGGAUCUCCACUGGAUCCACUUCAGCAUUUUCCUACUCUCUUCAUAGAUAAAAAACACUCCACAACUAGGCUAAUUGGCACACUUGAUGACACACUUCUCACUGGCAAGCAACAAGGUUAUCACGUGUUUGUCGGCUUUUCUGCAUUCAGUAUGACCCCAUACUUAGUUGCAUGUUGGGGAGGAGCGCCCUCUGACAGAAAACAAAAAAAACAAAGAAAAAUCUGUCAAUGGCACUGAAUGAGUUAAAAGAUAUUUGGUGAUAUUUGAAUGGCUGGUAAAUCAUCUAAAGGAAGGCAAACAACCCCUUUAAAAUGAGGCCUGUAGAGUGAAAUAGCAGACAUCAGAGCAAAUAUUAAUGCAACCAGGUCCAACCUAAAAGAAUAAAGAGUCAGCUGCCUAUGGUUAAAGGUAUGGAGGAAAGCCUGUCUACCUGCACAGAUGAUAUUUGCACUUGGAAAAAAAAGGUGGCUAAAACUUGGCGAAACGGAUGCAAUAAAUUGGAGAUGAGAUCUCGAUGAAUCAACAAAAAAGAUCUUUGACUUCGUCUGUUUUGGCAGUGUUCACGCAAAUAUUUGAUUUGAAAUAAGUGCUGCUGGACAGGGUGCACUGAUCACUGCCCCCUAAGAGAAAAAUACAUACGUUUCAGCAACAUGUACAAAAUGCAAGAGCAGUUUACAGACUACGAACAAACAAAAAAUGUGUCUGAACAGUUGCUUUCUUCUCCGAUUCCUCUUUCGUUCCAAGAAGAAGACGAGACGGCCUGGUUUUUCCUCUGCGCUCCACUGGAGGAGGACAGAGGAGGUGGGUUUGUGAGUUUGGUGGUUCUCUCAGUCAGCCUCUCUCCUCCUCUUCAGUCCAGAGUUUAUCAGAGUUAAAGAAGCUAUCAGAGACGCUGUGACGGCAGGCAGCAGCUCUGCUACAGCUCCCUUAGCCCUGAGGAAGAGGAGAGAGAGGAAGGAGCAGCCGGGAGCUUAUCACAGCCUCACACUAAAGGAGGGGGAUAAUCCAUUACUGCUGGAACCAUGUCUGCUUUUCUGCUGUAUGUCCUGAGAAUCCAGCCGGACUAAACCUACAGUCUACACACUGAGCGGAUUAAUGUAGACACGAGUAUGUGCAGGAGGGAGGAGCUGACAGUUUGGUUUACUGGGGCGAGUUUCACUCUGGAAAUCUGGAAAAACUUGAGACAAUUAUAGGACGGUGAGGUCCUAACUCUUUCUAGAACCACCUCUUACAAAUGUACCUGAAAUACUCUGUCUGGUGGGCGUAAGGGAGGGUUUCUGCCUUCAUGAGGAAGAGGAAGGUUGAAUGAUGGCUUCUGCAUUAGUGAAAAUGAAAAAGGAUGUUCCCAUGGUAUAAACACAGAAUUAGAGAACAUCAUAAAGAUUUAUGAGGCAAGCGGUAAAACAGAGAAAUAUUAACAUCAUUGCCUCCCAGACUCCCUUAUUGUGAAAGUUGUAGUUUAUUAUAUACUGUACACACAUCUGCUAAAAGAGAUAUUAAGGUACUUUUGAAAUAAAGUUGUAUGAGUUACCUCACCAGACACCAGUGAGUGUUUAGCCAUUAAAGUAGAUGCUGGUCAGUACAGCUCAACUGUAGGGAGAGCUGGCAUACAAGCUUGCCUGUGGUUUUCUA